CAUCAGUGUUUCAAUUAUCCUUUAUUUUUCAGCCUACCCCACCAGUUGAACCUUUACCAACGUAUGUUAUAAGCUACAGGUUUAUGUAAGGUUAUUCUUGGAGGUCAUGGUGUAUGACAGCCCCUCCUCUAUUGUCCCAGCAAGUUAUAGUCUACCCUAGACAGACUGAAAACACACUUUUAUUUAACUACCAGAAGAGACAUCAUCUCUCUGACAAACAACUAUCGAUAGUAACUUAUUGAACUUAUUGAUAUUUAUUAUUACUGUAACUACUAACUAUUUAAAAAUGAUGAAAAUUACCUGGAUAUCUCUCCUCUGCUAUCUAUGUGUUAUUAAUGAGAUUCUGUCACAAGGUAAGAAUAUCCCACUUUAAAUGUAUUUAUGAUAUAUGGUUUAUUGCUAGUUGGUUUCAUAUUUCAUUCUGUUACUCCAGAAUAUAAUUAUCUGAGAUUAAAUACAAAGUGAUUGCAUUUUAUGUGGUAAUCCCUAGUUACCUUUUGUCGAUAUAAUUUAUGUUUACAACUCAGGCACCAAUUAACAUACUUUAUUUUUAUAUUUAUAGUUUCAAAUUGUUAAUGUGAUGGAGUAUGUAUCUUCACAUAAUUACUAUUUCUAUACAAAACGCAUUUAUGACACUGUAACAGCAGCCAUUAAAAUGAAUUAGCUCACUAGGCGAAUACUGUCUCGGGAUUUAACUGUCAACUGAAUAGCUUCUUCUUGUUUAAUGAUUUAUUUGGGCAUCAUGUUGUUUGCAGUGGCAUGGUUUGAAUGAUACCAAUAGUUUAUUACAUUUAUUUUUAUAAACAAAUAAAGUAAAUACCUGUUCAGUAGCAUUUCAUAGACUAAACUGCAACACUAAAUUUAAGAUAGACAUUGUUUUAUUUGCAUAGGAUGAAAAAGCAAUCUUAUUCUGUAAGAAUUAUAUCAUUACUAAUAGGUCUUUGUAAAAAUAGCAGUGUUAAUAUUUGUGGUAUAAGUAUUUAAACAUUUCCGUUAACUAUUUAUUGUGUACGUCUCUCAAUUAAUUAGUUGUGCUUCUGAGACUAAAACAAAACAUGCAGUAUUUAGUGCAUUCCACUCACCAAACUAUAUAAAGCCAUCUAUAUUAAAAUACUGUAUUGUACUACGCUAUACAGUUUCAUUGUAAUAGCAGUUAUCUACCUAUGACUACUUGUUUUUUCUUCAACAUUCUACAUGCUAGACUAUUGGAUAAUUUCUUUAAAGAGUUCUAAAAUAAGGUUUGCAUUGGUAAAUGAAUGCCAAUUACUAAUCUCAAAAUUUUCUAUGAAUUUAUUUUAAUCAAGAGCACUGUGUUGUUAUUAGAGCAAUUAGAGGGUUUGUCCAAUAUUUUGACUUGCACAAUGUUUGGUGACCAGGUCAAUUCCAACCUUAUCAACCGGUCUAUCAAGUUAAUAAGUAACUGGUUAUGUUAAGGUAUUAAUGAAAUUAAUUAGGUCUCUGAAACAAGUUUGCAAAUUCAUAGACAUAGAAGACUAGCUUCAAACAAAAAAAAGAAAAAAGUUAAAAUUAGCCCUACAAAGAGUUCUUUUCAUAGAAAUCACCUUUCCUCUCGUGUUUAUGUUUUUUUGUUUUAUUUUACCAAUGUUAAUAAUUCAGUAUGUCGCUAAAUUUUGUUAAAUUUGAAACUGACAAAAUUUGCUGUGCUUCAUUACAGUCCCUCUCUUUGAUUUUUAAACAUUAAUGAAAAUGAAAGUGAAAUGUAAUAUACUGACACAGAUGAUAGCAUUAGGGUGUGAGUUGAAGUCUUGUGUUUUCUAUAUUUAUACACGUAUGAUAAAGCAUUUCAGUAUAAAACAGGGACAUAUAUUUCCCUCUGGCUUAUGGAUACGCUCUUUCCAACCAUUACAACAACAUAAAGGCCACUACAUUUAAGAUUCACCAUUUUACAGUUUCCCUAGUUAAUGUCUCACUCUGUAUAUCCAAAUUCCCUGUCUCCACACAGUAACUAUAAUCCCUUACUUUACCCAUUAUAUGUCAUAGGAUAAAACUGAUGAAAUUCCAGGGAAUGGACUGAAACGUGGAUGUACUAUAUGUAUUAAUAUUAACAAAAAAAUAAAAAUAAAUCAUAUAUACUAACAUUUUAAAUAUAACAAUUGUUUAAUUCUCUGAACACUUUUGUCAUAAGUCUAAAUGUUUAAAUUAGAGAGCUUCAUUAAAUGAGUGGCCAUAAAAUAUACCUUAUUAAGACCAGCUUUCAUGAUGAGGAACAUUGGAUUGUGAAAUCUUCUGACUUUUUUUUAUAUAUAUUAUCACAAAACCAUCUGAGCGUAUUAUGUGGUGUGUCAACACUGUCUGCCUCAAAGCUUUUUUUUUUUUAUUUUAUUAGUUUGACAGCUAAAAAUCUUUUGACACCUCUAUGUUUUACUAGAAUUGUUGGUUGGCUGUUUUGUAGCUCGGAUUUGUUCUAUGAAAAGAAAAAAUAUUCAGGAUCAAAUAGAAUCACCAAAUCAUUGCUCUUAUCUAUUGAAGCUGACAUCCAUUUAUUCAAAUUAAUUAACUUCUCUGUUUCUCAUAAUUUCCAUGGGACUCAAUGUUUCUUUUUAGUUUUAUAGAUACAUAUUUACCACUAGGUGAUGAUCAAUUUACAAUUUGUUUAUUAAAUAACAUAUUAAUGUACUGUAAUAUACAAAGAUGUGUAGUAGAGAAUGAUUAUUAGAAUACUCGAGUAAUUGUAAAAAGGUCAAAUUGCAUGGUUGCAGGGUGCUAUUAAUCCAGAUAUGUAAUACAGUAUGGUUAUAAGCAGAUUGUGUAGUAAAAGUACAUUUAUGAUAUUGGGUGGUUAAAAUCCACAGUUAAUCAAGUGUAAUAGACAUUACUUACAAGUAGACAGUGUACUACAAUCUGAAAUAUAGAUGUGAAGCAUAGUAGGGUUACAAGCAGAAGGUGCAACACAAUUAUAAAAUAGUAUGCUUAAAGUCAGCUGUGUAAUACAUUUAGAUGCUUUAUAACACAUGUAUAAAUAUAAUGCAAUAAAUUAAGAUGGAUAAUGCGGCAUAAUACUGAGUGUUAAUCCCAUCACUUUUUGCCUAAAAAAAUAUUAGUAGACAUGUGCCAUUCGUUUCAUUCCGAAUGUAAACUCGGAGGAAUUUCGUGUAAUUCGGACAUUUGAAUGUAAUUCGGACAAAUGUCCGAAGUGCCGAAGUUCGGUAUUUCGGAAGUGCCGAACAGAAACAAAGUGCCGAAGUUUCGAACUGCCGAAGUUCUGAAGUGCUUCAGAUUUCUGAAAAGGGUCAAAACAAGAGAGAGGGAGGGGAAAUUACGUGAAUGAUGAUAGGAAUCUUGACCAAUAAGCUAAUUUCUGGCACUGGGAGCCCUAUAGAUGUGUAAGUAGUUGUGGUGGCAGUCCACGCACUAGGAAGUGGGAGCCGUAUAGAUGUGUAAGUGCUUGUGGUGGCACUCCCCCUCCUUCCAGUUACUGCAUGUAGCGUGGCCAAGCUGACUAGUCUUGCCUAGAACAAAAAUAGUCUAGCACUCCUCCCCAUAUGGUCCAUAUUAAGGGUUAAUAAGCAUAUAUCCCUCUCUGUCUCAUUAGAGAUUUUUAACUUUAGCUGAAAAUAGCAAGGUGAAUUGUAAGUAUAGGACUCACCUAUGACAUGACAGAUGAGUUUAAACUUAAAAGGCCAUUUAAGUGAUACAAAAACCCCUCCAGUUAUUUAAAUGUGCGUAGGGAUUUGGGAUAGUGUGCAAGUUACCUUUUUCUUUGGUUCUUAAUAACUGAUAUACUGCAGUGCACAGACUCUAUAUCAGGAGACAUGGUCUCUCAGUGUUGCCUUAAAAUUUAAAUAAAUCUAGCUCUAUUGUUAGACCAAACUCUAAUCCUAGCCCUAAAAAAAAUCAUGUAAAUUUAACGACACAUAACACUGAAGCAAGUAUUAGACAAAAUAAUGGCACUUAGGAGUUUUGAAGACAUUUAUAAACUAAUUUUUUAAUGUCUUCAUAUCAUUUCAAUGGCAUCAUGUGGUCCAUUUGAAUGUAUCCUCUCUCCAUAUAUAAAGCACAUAACAGUGAGUGUUAUAUUAUUUUCAUAGCAGAUCUUUUGCACUGGGAAUUACCAACAAUUCCCCUACUUUUGACCAUAAAAUGCCACUAAAAGUCUUAUAAGGACUGACUAAGUUAUAUAUUUCAAAUAAGAAACUAUUUGCACCUCAUUUCCUAACCACUCAUUAUUAUUUUUUUUCUUUCUUUCUUCCUUUCUUUCUUUUUUAAACAGUCACCGUCCUUGAUACGUCUACAUCGGUGGGAGCCAUUGACUUUCAAGAAGAAGAAUUAUAUUCAGUUGGUCCAGGUACCCUCAAAGAAUAUACCCUCUAUUCCUUUGUAAAAUCACUUUGGCUAAGACAGACUAGCUUAACUUUUAUUUAUUAUCAUGGCAAAAAUAAUAAAUCUUGAGUGACAAAAUCAACUUACCUCUUAAAUGUAUAGUUAGCCUUCCCUAAUCUAGCCUAUGUCUACCCUACCCUAAUUUACUCCAUCCUAUGUAAAUAUAUUAGAGUUCCUAUAUACAUGCCUCAUAAUAUUUACAAUACAAUAACAACUAAAAUCAAUUUUAUAUUCUUUGUUAUAACAGAUAGUUCAGGAGUUGUAUCUACUACAACAACAGAAACAUCUACUGCUGAGGAAGGUUCUGGGUCAGAACCUGGAACAAGUACAACAGAUGAAACAUCUACAGUUGGAACCCCAAGUGUACCACCUGAUCUUUACACUACUGAGACAACAACAGUUGAGGAAAGUUCUGGUACUGAAGCUGUAUUAACUACAACAGAAAUAAUAUCUACAGCUGAAGAAAGUUCUGGUGCAGAAACAUUAUCGAGUACAACAGAAGUCAUAUCUACUCUUGAGGAAAGUGCUAGUACUGAAACUGUGUCAAGUCCAACAGAAUUAACAUCCACAACUGAGGGAAGUUCUGGUACAGAAACAGUCUCAAUUACAACAGAAGUAACAUCUACAACUGAGGAAAGUUCUGGCAUAGAAACUGUAUCAAGUACAACAGAAUUAAUAUCUACAGCUGAGGAGAGUUCUGGUACAGAAACUGUGUCAAGUACAACAGAAGGAAUAUCAACACCUCAAGACUAUUCAAGUGCAGAAACUGCAUCGAGUACAACAGAAGUAACAUCUACAACUGAGGAAAGUUCUGGCACAGAAACUGUAUCAAGUACAACAGAAAUAAUAUCUACAGCUGAGGAAAGUUCUGGUGCAGAAACAUUAUCGAGUACAACAGAAGUCAUAUCUACUCUUGAGGAAAGUGCUAGUACAGAAACUGUGUCAAGCACAACAGAAAUAACAUCUACAGCUGAGGAGAGUUCUGGUACAGAAACUGUGUCAAGUACAACAGAAAUAACAUCUACAGCUGAGGAAAGCACUGGCACAGAAACUGUAUCAAGUACAACAGAAUUAAUAUCUACAGCUGAGGAGAGUUCUGGUACAGAAACUGUGUCAAGUACAACAGAAGGAAUAUCAACACUUCAAGAAUAUUCAAGUGCAGAAACUGCAUUGAGUACAACAGAAAUAAUAUCUACACUUGAGGAAAGUGCUAGUACUGAAACUGUGUCAAGUACAACAGAAUUAAUAUCUACAGCUGAGGAGAGCUCUGGUACAGAAACCGUAUCAAGUACAACAGAAUUCAUAUCUACAGCUGAGGAGAGCUCUGGUACAGAAACUGUGUCAAGCACAACAGAAAUAACGUCUACAGCUGAGGAGAGUUCUGGUACAGAAACUGUGUCAAGUACAACAGAAAUAACAUCUACAGCUGAGGAAAACGCUGGCACAGAAACUGUAUUAAGUACAACAGAAUUAAUAUCUACAGCUGAGGAGAGAUCUGGUACAGAAACUGUGUCAAGUACAACAGAAGGAAUAUCAACACCUCAAGAAUAUUCAAGUGCAGAAACUGCAUUGAGUACAACAGAAAUAAUAUCUACUCUUGAGGAAAGUGCUAGUACUGAAACUGUGUCAAGUACAACAGAAUUAAUAUCUACAGCUGAGGAGAGCUCUGGUACAGAAACCGUAUCAAGUACAACAGAAUUCAUAUCUACAGCUGAGGAGAGCUCUGGUACAGAAACUGUGUCAAGCACAACAGAAAUGACAUCUACAGCUGAGGAGAGUUCUGGUACAGAAACUGUGUCAAGUACAACAGAAAUAACAUCUACAGCUGAGGAAAACGCUGGCACAGAAACUGUAUUAAGUACAACAGAAUUAAUAUCUACAGCUGAGGAGAGAUCUGGUACAGAAACUGUGUCAAGUACAACAGAAGGAAUAUCAACACCUCAAGAAUAUUCAAGUGCAGAAACUGCAUUGAGUACAACAGAAAUAAUAUCUACUCUUGAGGAAAGUGCUAGUACUGAAACUGUGUCAAGUACAACAGAAUUAAUAUCUACAGCUGAGGAGAGCUCUGGUACAGAAACCGUAUCAAGUACAACAGAAUUCAUAUCUACAGCUGAGGAGAGUUCUGGUACAGAAACUGUUUCAAGUACAACAGAAAUAACAUCAACAGUUGAGGAGAGUUCUAGUACAGAAACUGUAUCAAGUACAACAGAAGGAAUAUCAACACCUCAAGAAUAUUCAAGUGAAGAAACUGCAUCAAGUACAACAGAAGUGAUAUCUACUCUUGAGGAAAGUGUUGGUACAGAAACUAUGUCAAGCACAACAGAAUCAAUAUCAACAUCUGAGACAAUUUCUGGUACAGAAACAGUCUCAAGUACAACAGAAGUAACAUCUACAGUUGAGGAAAGUUCUAGUACAGAAACUGUAUCAAGUACAACAGAAGGAAUAUCAACAGCUCAAGAAUACUCAAGUGCAGAAACUGCAUCAAGUACAACAGAAGUAAUAUCUACUCUUGAGGAAAGUGCUGGCACAAAGACUGUGUCAAGUACAACAGAAGUAACAUCUACAACUGAGGAAAAUUCUGGCACAGAAACAGUAUUAAGUACAACAGCUUUAAUAUCUACAGUUAAUGAAAGUUCUGAUACAGAAAUGGUAUCAAGUACAACAGAAGUAAUAAUGACAUCUGAGGCAAUUUCUGGUACAGAAACAGUCUCAAGUACAACAGAAGCAAUAUCUACAACUGGGGAAAGUUCUGGCACCAAAACUGUACCAGGUACAACAGAAGGAAUAUUUACAUCUGAGAAAACCUCGGGUGAAACAACUGUAUCAAGUACAACAGAAAGUAUAUCUACAUCUGAGGAAAGAACUACAACUGUGAUAACUUCUAGUGCAACACAGGAGCUGAAAACAACUGAAAAAGUGUCUACAGUAUCUAGUUCAGUAUCUGAACAAAGUACAGGGGAUGAUCAGUCUACGGCAUAUAUAAGUUCUACUACAGUAUCUGAACAAAGUACUCUCAAUGUCCAAACUACAGCUGAAGUAAGUGCUGGUUCGACUGUAGAAAGGACUACAGCUGAAACUUUACCUAAAACAACAUAUGGCCUAAUUACUUCAGAGGGAAUAACAGAAGCUAACGUAACUACAGCAGAACCUAAAUCAAGUACAGUUGCACUUAGUUCAACGGCUCCAAUCCAAUCUACUACAACACCUAAAGUAAGUACAACUCAAGAAAGGACUACACUUGAAACCAAAUCUACUGAACAAACGAAAACUGCAUCAUUGACAUCUACUACCUCAGUUUCAACUGUAAUAACAGAGAAUAUUGCUGCUUCUUCUUCUGUAAUAUUGACUACACCACCACCAACAAAUAGCACAUCGAUAACAACAAUAUUAACAACUUUAUUUACUUCUACAUCUUUAUCACCUUCAACAGCCAAUAGCACAGGAAGUACUUCUCUUUUUGUAUCAACCACACCAACAACAGAUAACACAUCUGUAACAACGCUGACACUUUCAACUGCAUCUACAUCUACAUCAUUAUCUUCUACAACCAAAAGCACAGAAACUACAUCUUUUUUUGUAUCAACCUCACCAACAACAAAGAGCACAUCUGUAACAGCAUCAACCCUAACAUCCACGGCUACUUCUGUAUCUCCAGUAUCAUCUACAACCACAAUAACCACAAGCACAUCUUCCUCUACAGUGUCAACUACACCAAGACCAUCAACAAAAACCUCUGCAACCCCAGAAACAACAACUCCUACCUCAACCACUACCACUACUGGAGCUGCAAAAAAAGGUAUUCACAUGAUAAAAUGAUCAUAAUAACAAGCCAAUUCAUACUAUUAAUAAUCUAUAGAUGGUGUGUGAAAUUAAGAAGCUAUAUAAAUGCCAUUAGAAUGACUGGUGGGGUCAGUAAUACAUCAGCUUGAUAUUGCAGUGAAUAAGAAAGGGCAACUGCCCUUCUGUAAACGUGGAUUCACCUCUUAAUCACAUGUUGAAACAUGUCAUAAAGCUAUGGCCGGAGGAUAUUAGUGAAUGAACAAAUAAACUGUUAUUCCACCAUGUUUAUGUAUCCUAUUUUAAAAGGUUCAGACAAUUUUGUAUGCACAAUUCAAUAAAGUAAAAGUUCAACACUUUUCAUACUUUCAAAAAGUGAUACAUCCGUGCCACCUUCAAAUGAUUUGUCCUGGUUGUUCUACAGAACAUUUGAUAUAUUUUAACAAAAGCUAUGCAAUUGUUAAUUUCAGUGACUUCAAGUGCUAAGUAGUAAAGCUUUAAAUUCUGUUGGUGACUAAUUGAAAAGUACCAACUAUUUUCAUCUUAUCUUUCUGCUUGCUGUUUCAAUAUAGUAUGAAAAACAGUGACAUGCUCUCUGACCAUCUAAUGCCCUAGCUAUAAGAUUGGAAGAAUUGCUAGGCAGUCACAAAAAGGAAGCCCCUAUCAUAUCUUCAGAGAGCAAUUCCCUAAUUCCCUGGGUCAUUUAAUCACUUGCCUUGUCCAUUUGCCAGUCUCUGAGAGGCCUGUGCAGCUUUCCCGGUAUGUUUUGGAAAAGAUUAAAAGAGAGAAGUGUUGCUCUCAGGGAUUAGAAAUUAAAGGGACAUUGCAGUCAACAAAACAACUUUAGCUUAAUGAAGCAGUUUUGGUGUAUAGAUCAUGCUCCUGUAGCCUCACUGCUCACUUAUCUGUCAUUUAGGAGUUUGAUCACUUUAUUUAUGCAGCCCUAGUCACACCUCCCUGCAUGUGACUUACACAGUUUUCCUGUAAAGAGUAAUCUAGUGGUUAUACUUUAUUGCAAAUUCUGUUUAAUAUGUAAUUUCUCUUGCUCUGUUAAUAGCUUGCUAGGCCUUGCAAGAACCUAAAGUGUGUAAUUAAAGUUCAAUUUGCAGAGCAGGAGAUAAAAACAUAUAGAGUAAGUUAACAUCUGCUUGCAAAUGAAACCAUUUUGUUUUCAUGCAGGCUGUAUAAGUCACAGCCAGGGCUGCAUAAACAAAAAUAAAAGUGAUUUAACUCCUAAAUGGCAGAUAAUGCACACAAACUGCUCCAUUAAGCAAAAGUUGUUUUGCUGACUAUAGUGUCCCUUUAAGUAUAUGAAAAAAAACAGUUUUCCAAGCCCUGUUCAUGGAGGGCCUAGCUAUCCUCAAUUUAAAUAACAGUUGCAAUACACAGUGGUACAGGAAAAUAAUAUAUUGUUCCAUUAACUCUAGUUGUCUGUGUGCUCAUCAGAAAUUGUAUGUGCAUGCACAAUCGUAGGCAUUUGAAUUGUAUUUUCUCUGUGGCAAGUGGAUGAAUAACAUUUACAUAAAAAAGUAUAUAUAUAAAAAAAAUGUCAAAAUCAGUAACAAAAUAAUAAUGCAAAACCUGUGGUAUCCCAAAACUGAAAAGAUAAAUACCGAUAGCUACGACUUUAAUAUAAGACACAAUUAAAUAAACAGAAAAAUAUACUCUCUAUUACGAGAGUGGGCUAUGUACAUAAUAUCCUGAGACAUCUCACACUGAAAAUAUUAGGAAACAUAAAACUAAACAUGGAAAGCUUUCAUGAUUCUAGUACCCAAGUAAGCUAAAAACAAUACAUAUAAGCUUUAAAAAUUGUGCGAUCUCUGGAUUGUUACCCCCACCAGUGAGUAAACAGGCAUGAUCAUCACCCUGAACAUUUAAACAGCUAAUGCAUUAAUUGUUACACUAGUAAGAAUAUUGGCAGAAGUUGAUGUUUCAGAUUCGAGGCCCCAAAUGGCAUUAAUAUGUACCAUCAUGUAGUCCUUAAACAUUCUGAUACUCUGGAACACAUACUGAAAAAUACCUUUUGUCAGUAAUUAAAACUAGUUUUAGCAUUUUCAUGAGUGCAAUUGAUUGCUGACAAUUUAUUUCCAGUAUUAAAUAGUUUAAUCUCUUUCAUGACCUUUAAUUUGUGGUAAAAUAAACAUGAUGUUCUAGCAAAUUAAUAAAAAAUACUUUGAAAAUUAUAGGUGGUGUUUAUCAAAGCUAAACAAGAUUACUCCCAAUCCAAAGUUUUCAUUUUGAAGCCACCACCCUAGAGACAAUUGGAAAGUUCAAAUUUAGUACUUGCCCACAUAAAUAUCUUCAGGAAUAUGGCCCAGUUUAUAAAUUGUGAAAUACUUAUAUUUUAUAUCAAUGCUAACUUUCUUAUUUUCAUUUAAAAUAAUGUAUUGUGUGUUUUCUAGCUGUCUCUCUUUUCGACUAUGGUGUUGCUGUUGGUGAUCAAGAAUGUGUAUAUAGGCAAACUGACUUCACCUGUCCACUGUUGGAGCCACCUAUGGGAUUUCCAUUUGGCAAACAGCUGAGGAACUUUAUAUAUGUUAGUAUUAACUCUUACAGUCAUUAUUCAUUUGGUUUAUUGCUUACUGCUCUACAUAAUAAACAAAGCUCAUGUUUUUUUUUUUUUUCUAGUACACAGACAAUGGGCAGAUUGUCUUCCCAAUAUCCAAGAACAAUGUCUUUUCUUACACUAAUCCAACUGGAUUUUCUAACAAUUUUAACGUGGCCAUGAUAGGAGUAUUUUGGGAUGAUGCAGAUUUCUCCAAAAACAUUGGAACUACCUAUUACCAGGUUACUUUUUCUAAUAUUUAAACUAUUUCAUUAUAUCUUUUCUGUGUAAAUGACAAAAUAAAAUGAAAAUAAAUAAAAGCAUUUAACUAGUAAGCCCUAGGGUCUAGAUAUUGUCAUUAACCAUUUUAAUGUUGCUUUCGUAUUUUCCUUUAUUUAAUUUUAUUACGUGGAUUACAUUUGUUGACAUUUCAAAAUGUAAUAUUAAAAAAUGAGCGACAAGGUUUAUGCACACUUUGAUAUAUAUGAUUAUCAAAAGCCAUCUCUUGAUAGAAAGUUUAAUCACUGUUUAAUAUUAUACUCGAGAGGAUUCUACUCAGAAUUUUAAAAUGUUUCCUUUAUUAAUUUUUCCAAUCUGGCUACUAUGACCUACAAUUUGAACAAUUCAAGCUUAAAGUGCCUGAAUGGUGGAUUACAUCGCUGGCAGUAGAGGGGUUGAACUCUAUAUGUGCAGCAUCUCAUUGAGAAAGGCUGCACAUAUAGACUCCUUGACCACUUCAAAUUGCUGAAGUAUUAAUGGCACUUGGAGCAACCCUUUGAAACUAACAAUUAGCCCUGUGUGUGUCAAUAUUUUUUUUAUAUUGAAGCAAAGGCUCAAUGCUGUGCACACUCCAUACAAGCAAGAUAAAAGGACAAGCAAGAUAAAAUCAACUAAGUAGGUGGGGUGCAGAGCCAAAUACCUCCCUUGCCAAUCAGCAUUUCCUCAUAGUGAUGCAUUGAAUCAAAGCAUCUCUAUGGGGAAAGUUCAGCAUCUCCAUGCAGAGCGUGGAGACACUGACCGUCGGUAGUUGUUCUGGUGACUAUAGUGUCCCUUUAACAUAUAUUGCCACACUUUUCUUGAGGCUUUCAUACAAUAAUAUCAGCACAACAGACAUCUACUGUGCUACAUGCCCAAGCAGUCAUCUAUGUAUUAUAGUUUGCAUGAAUACAAAAAAAAUUGAACAAUACAAACAUAAUACGUUAAUUGGAUAGCACUCUGGUCAAUAGCUCCUUCUGUUAUCAAACAGUGCUUUAGUAAGUAAAUAGGUCCUAUGGCCUAGACCAGGGUAAUCAAUUUUCACCACUCCACAUGUUGUGGACUACAUCCUCUCUGAUGCUCGGCAUUAUGGCUGUAAAAAUGUAGUCAACAACAUCUGGAGUUUGUCAGAUUGCCUACCCUUUGCCUAGACAUUGUAUUGCUCAAGGACAUCGUAAAGCACGGUUCCAGAGUCUCUUGGCGUCAUUGUCUUUAGAAUGUAUUUUUUUUUUUGUUCAGCAUGCCUAAAAUAAUUACUUGUUGUGUAUAUUUUGAACAUAUUCACAAAAUGUUGCCAGAAUUUAAAAAAAAAAACAGUUUAAAACAGUUUAAACUAGAAAUGACUUAAAGCUUAUCUAAUUAGCACAAUUCUUUGUUUUGCAUUUUGUUAACAGGUAUAUAAUAGCUCCAGUAAUACAACUGCAACCAGUCAGGUGGAAUCCAUGAUUCGGAAGUACAGUCAAACUUCUUAUACUGCUCAAUGGACCUUGAAAAUUACUUGGGUAAAGGCACCUGCAUACGGGUCUAAUUAUAAUUUGGUAAGCAUACUAUAGAUUGUCUGGUUAAUCAUUUCCAUAUUCACAUGUCUUCCCUUGUUGUCUUUGUAUUUGUAUUCAUUUAUUUUUGUACUUAAUUUGAACAUGGCAUUUGGUCGUUCAUAUUCUGCAACAAUUAUACAUUCAGGGAAACACAUACCAGGCCGUGCUGACUACUGAUGGCUAUGUUUCCUACAUUUUUAUGCUUUAUCAAGAUGGAGGGAUGAACUGGGAUGUUACCAAUCGCAAUAACAAUGUUACUAUUGGCUACAGCAGGUAACCUCUCUUUAUUAAAACCGUCUUAAUAUUUUUCAUUUUAAUGAAUACAGUGGCACUCAACACAAAUUUAAUGCAUAGUUUGGCCUUAUCAAUGAACUUUUUUUUUCAGUACUCAUAUUAUCCUUGUUGAGAUUUCUGUGGCUGUAAGCUUCCACCUUUCCCACAUUUAAAGGGACACUAUAGGCACCCAGACCACUUAAGCUAAUUGAAGUGGUCUGGGUGCACUGUCUUAGGUCCCUUAAUCCUGCAAAGAUAAUUAUUGUAGUUUUUAAGAAACUGCAUUAAUUACCUUUCAGGGCCAACGCCACCUCUAGUCACUAUCUACCAGACAACCACUAGAGAGACAUCUGGGCCGUUAGGCAACUUUUGUUCGCCUAACUGAUGCUGGGCAUCCUCAUGAGGACUUCCAGUAUCACCCGACUCCCCAUAGGAAAGCAUUAUAUAAUGCUUUCUGAUUGGCAAAUUUGAAUGUGAGCAAUGCCCACAACUUCGUGUUUACUUCCAAUGGAAAUACUCAUUCAAGGAAAUAAAAAAAAUAAAAAAUCCUCUUAAAGCUUCACUAAAACCCAGUUUAAAAGUGAAAAUAAAUUAAGCAGCGUGUCCUUAUCAUGUGCCUAUAUAUGAUUCCCUCUGCCCCCCAAUUUUUAAAACAGCUUACAACAUAGAUAAUAUUUUGAGUUUAAAAAAAAAUAAUAAUAUUUGAUUAUUGAGAUAUUGUAUUAUGCAGAUUUAUUUAUAUUUAAAAUAAUUAUUUGCACUCCUGUUUUUUGUAUUAUAUUAAUAAAUCUGUAAAUGUAACAUUUGUUUAGAUGUAGUCUAAAUUGUUUGAGGGUUUAUAAUAUUGUUUCCCAUCAGUGGGAGCAACGAUGGAUUUUACAAAAAUGAUCCACUCAUGCAAAAAACUGCUGCAGAAAAAUAUCGUCCUGAUGCCCAGGUCCAAGUUGAUCCAGGUACGUGAUAACAAAUGAGAGAGACAAACAAGAACAGCAUGAUAGGUAAAAAAUCAAAAAGUAAACUAAUAUAAGAGUAUAUUUCACUGUUCUCAAUCCCUCCCCUUCUUUUGUGUAUGUAGAAAUCAACAUAUAGUAGAAUUAUUUUCUGUAUAUAUUAAGGAGGUAGGAUUCAAUUCAGUAAUUUGGUGAAGACUAAAACACACAUUUAGUGCUUUUUAAGGGUCAGUAUAACACUCAUGAGGAUGCCUUAAAGGUAUUAGAGACAGGUAUGGGGCAAUACCAAUGUCUGGGCAAAAUAGAUAUGUACAUUUUUUUUAUUUUUAAAGUAGAAGUUGCUAAAUUGUUGUUUAUGGCCCAUUGUUUCCCAUCCCCACGACAAUAAUAUAAUUCUACCUGUGUAUUGCAUUUGCACAGCCACCGUUGCCCACACUGAUCAUCCACAUUGAUAUAAAUGCUGGGGCCACAAGUGAUAAUUUGCCAUAGUGCCUAGAUCAUGCUUCCACUAUGUCAUCCAUUUCUAACCACUCUAACAAUCUGGCCCUCAUAUAACUGAAAAUAAUUUAUGAUGAACAUCUGAAAGAUUAUCGUUUGUUUUUUUUUGUUAUUAAGAAGUUAACUUAUUAAUGACAAGGUGUCUCUUAUAUCCUGGUGCACCCCAAGUGUCUCUUCCUAGCCCUCUCUUUUACAUGUCUCUGUUUGGUCACCUUAAAUAUUUCACUCUGGCCUUCCUGUGCAUUUGUAUUCCAGAAUAGUUAUUAUGAUGUUUGUUGCAAUUAAGUGAGUGACCCCAAGUUCUGUUCUAUGUACAUGGAGAAGAGAACUGCAAUUAAUUGCAGGGCAUACCGGCCCUUGUUCUUUGGUGUCUUCCACAUUAAGUGUCUCUUUCUAGCUCCCCCUCCCAAGUGUCUCUUCCCAUCUCUCUCUCCAAAGUAUAUCUUCACAGCUCCCCCAAGUAUUUAUUUCUGACCCCUUUAAUUUUCUAUCCCUGCCAUGUCCUCGAGCGUCUGUCUCUGCUCAUUAAAGUGUCUGUCCUUGAGUUCCUCAAGUGAAUAUCUCUGUCCCCAAUACUAGAUGCCCACAUGGCUGGCAGCAAGUGCAGUAUGUUUCCCCACAUUGUCUCUUCUACAUGUUAGGUGUGGGAUACUCCUAGAUGUACAUUUUGAAAUGUGUGUGCCUGCUUGACAUCCAUGUAUUAUUAUUAUUAUUAUUAUCAUUUAUAUAGCGCCAACAGAUUCCGUAGGGCUUACUCUGUACACUCUGCAUAAUUACUCGGUACCUGUUUUUGCAGAUUUACGGGGACUCUGGAUGUACCCACUGAACAGUGAGACAUUGAUCAAUAACCGAAUGACGUGCCUAAGCUGGUACAAUUCUCAGCCUUCCCCUUCUAGUUGGAACAUUGGAUUAUUGUCCUGUCCAUGUUUAUAUCAGCAAGGAAGCUUAGAUUUUCGCUACAUGAGGAGCAAGCCAGGUAGGCAAUCUUUGUCACAUGGUUGAUGGAAUCAGAUAUUGAUGAACUCAUACAUAGUACAUAAGCUUUGUUUGAUUAUUUUAUCAGCAUGCAAAGAUACUUUAAAUGUAUAAAUUUGCAUUAAUUGUAUCAUUAACCACUUAAGGACUACAUGACGAUCUAUGCAGUCAUGCAGUGUAGGGCUUUAGUGCUCAGCGAUGGCAUUUACUGUCAUGUAGUAAAGGUACCAGCAGGGGUUACCAAGGACCCCAGUCAACUUUUGAUGCAUUAAUGGUUGGAUUAGUGGCAUGUUUAGGGGGAAAGGUAUUGUGGGCUAUCAUUGCACCUAAAAACAGAAAACAAGUAUGCAGUGUUUUGCAGUAGUGGGACAUGUUUGGUCUGUGAAUUUACCCAAAAGGAAACAUAUGUGAAAAAAACCACAAAGAAAUUAACUAAUUUGCCUUUAGUUUCAUAAUGCUCUUAGCUACAUAGCUGGGAGAUAUACUUUGUACAAUUAUAUACUUUUAUGUAACGGUUUUGGCUUCUCUGACUGCUAUUAAAGUUGUAAUCUCAGCAUGCCAAAUUUUACAAAGUUUGAGCUUUAAAACCAUAAUUCACUCUUUGCAGUUUUUUUUUAUAACUUCUAAAAAUGAAUUGAAAUCCUAGUAAAAUUGGGCAUUUUAACAAUUAGUUAGUUUUCUUCACUUGCAGAAAUUAUUGAAUGUAAAACAGAAAAAAAAAAAAAUUUAAGUUUUUUUUUACACAAUUGUUUUAUAUUUUCUUUCAAUUUAAUAUUGCAUUAUGUGUACAUAUAGGGUAUGAAAAGCCCUAUUUCACCUUUAAAAAUUGUAUUUUUAAUAUGUAUGGGUAUACUUUAACAGAAGGAGUAAAUUGUCAAGGAAUGAGUCCAUGGCAAAAAAGCUAAAAAGGCCUUGGUCACAAACGCAUUGCAUCUCAGGAAAGCCUUGGUCCCUAAGGGGUUAAGCAAACAUGUUGACAUUUUUUAUUUACAGUCCAGUCUGGUACAAAUAUACUUCGGCCCUUAUUUCCAAAUUGGAGAGAUGCAGGUGUAAGAUGUGUGUACAGCAGGUGGAAUGACUAUAUUCAAGGUUUUCAGGAAAGGAACUGGACAUUUGGAGGCAAUGGUGAGUGCAGUUUGAUGUUUCAGUUUCUGUGAGUUGUCAGGUUGUGAUAUUUCUCUCAUUUGACCAAUUCAAGGUAAAGAUGUCAUGCACCAACUAUACGCAUGACAUGUUUGUUUUCUUGCAGGUGUUUAAAAAUUGUGCCUGAAAAAACUGUCAGCAAAUGUAUAGCUAUAGCUUUACUAACCUUCAACAUGGUUUCGAGAAAUAACUGAGAUUUCAGCAUACACAUAUCUCGAUGUCAUAAAUGAGUUACAUUCAGUGACUUACAGUUCUGUGCUAUAGAGCAGCUAAUUAUCUCCUUUUGGGAAUUUGUUUUGAUAUGCACAUUUUUGAUGCUCUUAGAAGAGAUGUAGCUGUAUACUUGGAUACAAUGAAUAUUAUAUUAAUGAAUAUUAUAACUUGGCCUUGACCCUUUAAACAAAACAUAAGGAGUGAUGGAGCUCUCAAAUUAAUUCAAAAUGGACAAACAAUUCAUACAAAUAUAUUGUCAGUAGAACCCAAACACUUUCAUGCAUCAAAUUAAGAAAGUAUAAUCUCAGCAAUCUAUAUGAUUAUUUAAGCAAAUGUAUCCAGAUAAAAAUCACAAAACUCAUCUUGGUGAUAUGUUUAAAUAUGUUCUAAAGUGGAUAAUUAUUCAGUUCACUCGCGCCCUUCACCUUAUCUGGAUCAUUCCAACUUAUCUGGAGAGUUCCAACCCUAUGUGGAAUUGUGCUGACUGUAAGUUCCCAUAACUCGUCCAACAUCAGUUCCAUUUCUAGCACUUUAUUCACUAUACUUUCAUUGUUACAAAUAGCAGGCUUCUCCUCUUGAGUUCAACAACUGUGCAAUAUGCUUCUGUAAAACACACAAUAAUCUACAAGUUUAAAAUCUCUGAAAAUGUGCUUCAUCUUUCCAGAUUUAGAGACUAGUUAUUAUGAUGUGUGUUGCAAUCAAGUGAGUGACCCCAAGUUCUGUUCUAUGUACAUGGAGAAGAGACCUGCAAUCAAUUGCAGGACAUACAGGCCCUUGUUCUUUGGUAAGUUAUACAUACAGCUCUUAGAUAUAGGAUACAAUUGUUUACUUACAGCUUCAAAUUUUACAAAUGCUUAAUAAAUAAGGAAGGACACUCAAAUGAUUUGGACAGAGUUGAAACAGACUUGUAUUUACUUUCAUUAAGACAACAUUGAUAGUGUCUGCUUAGUCUAUACAAACCUGCUGAAUGCUGACAAUCUAUGGAUUUUUGUAUCUAUGCUAUUGCUCCAUGACAUGUUAGUUAGUUUGUUAUUAAUUUGUUAUUCGAUAUGGGUCUGUAGACUGAAUAAACCUGAAACAAAACCUAUUCAUUAUAUUUUAUAGGGAGAAUGGAGUGAGUAAAUACAUUUUACACAUUAAAUACGUUUGUCUUUUACUAUCCAUCCUUCUACUCUAUGUAGUUUAUAAUAACUUUUUGUCUUCAUCAACAGGAUGGAUGUUUGGAGACCCUCACAUUACCACGCUUGAUAGUGUCGGUUACACAUUUAACGGUCUUGGAGACUUUCUUCUUCUCAGUGCUGAAGAUUCUGGCAUUUCUUUGACUUUACAGGGUCGCACAGUGCAGACUGGUACUGCAAUGGCCACUAACUUUCAGGCUUUUGCUCUGAACUACAACUCCACCACUGCAAAUAUUAUAGUGAGUUUGAAACUUAAGCAAAUGCAUUUGAAUUUAUGUGAAGUAUAUUGGUAUUCAAUAUUGGGAGGAUGCUGUGGGGAGAAAAUAUAACUGAUUUUUGUUAUUAUGCAAGGAAUAUUGAUUUUGCGUUUCUAAUAUGCUGCAUUAUUUUUUGUGACAUUUAUUUUGCAGGUGGAGUGGUAUCUCACAGGUAAUGAGACUAUAACAACUUAUGUGAAUAGCCAGGUUGUCUCCUACACAUAUUCUAACGGUAUGCAAAAUAUUUGUUCUAUCUUACUAAAUGUCUUUAAUGUUACCAGCAUGUUUGAGUUCAUAUUUAUUGUUUGAGAAAAUGUAAGACUAUUUCGAUGCAUAAAACAGUACAACAGUCAGUCUGUAUAGUUUUGCUCAACUAAUUACUCAGUUUAACAGAUUAUUUUUAUAGCUUAAUGGACACAUUUUUUGGGGAACGUAGUUAAGAGUCUGGUAAGGAAGUAGGGCACUAGAAGCACAGUGCUGAGAAUAAGUGAACCUUUAGAGUUUUGCCACCAAGUAAGGUGGAUACAACUCAUUGCAAAUCAGCAGAACUCCUCAAACCAUGAGUAGAGUUGAGCUAACUCUGUCUGUGUCCCUUCAGAUGCAAAUCCAACCUAAACCAUUAUGUUGACGGUUUAUGUGUCACUAUCAGCAAUCCUCCAUGUUCUCUAGAUAUAAACUCAUUGGUGGUUGCAAACUACACACACACACAAAAACAACACUUCAUUUAAAAUUGGCUCAGGUUCUAAAUUAGGUUCUAGUUGUUUCUUUUGAAAAAAUGCUUUAAGCACAAUUUUCUAGUGUAACGAUUUAUGUCAACUAAGGUUUCCAAUUUGUUUAGUGAACAGCUAGGGGCAAAUUUAAAACCAUUAGUUAAAACUUUAGUUUGUGCAGUAGAGAAAACUUUUUGGGAGAAAUUAAAACCUCUGUCAUUAGUCUUUUUCUCCUUCCGUUUCUAUUUCUCCCUCCUCAUUUUCCUCUUCUAUUGCCCUGUGUCUUUUCUUUUAAGUAUCUUUUGGGUAGUUUCCCCACCUUGGUCUUUGUUCUAAAAAAACACUUCUUUUUCGUCUGUUCUCUCUUAAGGUUUUAAACCUAUUUCCCAAUGGUGUCUGAUAAGGUUAGUCUAUUAGGACUUAUUCUUCAAUUUCCUACGUCCCUUCUCUGUGGCUAUGGACGAUUUCCUUGGGUAAUGGGAUUGGAUGCUCUAUUAGGUCUUUCAACUUCUUUUGCAUUCUCCCUAACCUGUCUAGUAGUUUCUUUUACUCUCAUCCAUGAAGGCUUUCUAAUUUGACUUUUCAGUUUUGGGGAUUUGAGAAAAUGUCAGAAAAUUCCUCCUAUUAAAAUCUUGCUGAUUACCUCUAUUGUUGUUUUGUCUCUCUGGAUUUCUAUAAUUAUUGUGGAUCCUUCUAACUUGAUUAUUAGCAUAGUCAUCCAUGUCUCAAAUUUUUCCAAAUUAAUCUUAGAUUUUUCAGCUAGGCUUUCAAAAUCUUAAGUGCCUACAAGAGGUUCCAAGAGUGUUUUGAUUUCUCUGAUAAAACCAUCUAUUUAGUUCAUCGAUGAUUAUAUUAGUCAUUGUUACAGAGAAUGACUCUAACGCAGAGGUCCGUAUUUUAAUAAAGCUCUCCUUUUCUCCGUUAAACGUGGGAAGUGUGGUGAAUCUUUUUUAACUUAUUUAAUAUAGCUGAAAGAAUUUUUUAUGUAUUGGUGACCAAAGAAAUAUUGAGUGUAAGGUAAACCAAAAUAUCUCUUUCUGUGUGCGCAAAUUGCCUUACUUGUUUCCAAUUUUAUCAAAUGUUUACGUGUAAACAGUGACAUUACACUUGGGUAAUUUUUAGCUGCACCAGACUGCUUACUUUAAAAGCGCCACUCUCUUCUUUAUUUCUUAUCUUUUUUAUUGAACUCACAAACUAACAGCUUAAAAGAGAAUGUCUAUACUAGACCAACAUUACCCUAAGAGACAUUUACUUGUAAUUUGAUGUAUAUACGUUUAAAAAGAUAGUGAGUAUUAUAAUAUAGAAGGUAAUGUUUACACAUGAACAGGGUUUACAGUGAUGUGCGCCCAUGCAUUGGGUCAAUCAGAAGAAACACCUGGUGCUACAGUGUUUUUUCUCAAACCUACAAGUAUCUUAAAGAGACUUUUUGUUAUGUUUUGUUUUUUCACUGUGAAUGACAAUGACAAGUGACAGACAUACUCAAUAGGCUGCAAAAAAAUAACUAAAUAUAUAACUGAAAUGUAUUUGUAAAAAUAAAAUCAGAGACAUGCAUUUUAUCUACAAUUUUAAUUUCCAGAUUUGGAAGGAGAUAUGAACAAUGACACGUCAGGUGUCAUCCUUAUGAAGGACAGUACCUCAGUCCAUACAAAUUUUGAAGGCCUUUUCACUGUGACUGUGUCAGCUAGCUUUGGAAUGAUGAAUGCCAUUACUAAUCUACCAAACCAAUUUUUAAAUAAAACCAAAGGCUUGAUGGGUAGGUAUUCCUUCUCCAGAUAUUUCAAUUUAAUAGACCAAUAAAAAAAAAAAAAAAAAACAAUGUGAAGACCAAUUCGGAUUCUCAGAAUGUUUACAUUUGCUGAUUUAGGUGUUUACUAGCACAUUUCAAAUAAUAUGUAAAAAAAAAAAUGUAAAAAAUAUACAACGUAAAAAAAUGCUAAUGUGUGCAUCUAUUAAAAAUGGCAGCAAUUAUGUGUUUGUUCCACCUUAAUUUAAGGAUUUCUCUUUAAGUGCACCCUUACAUGUUUGGUUUUAAAGGACAGAAAUAGCUUUCUUUUAAUAUCCUAUACCUAACACAACAUUAAGUAUAAAUAAAGUUUUAAAAACAUUUUUUUUACAGUCUUGCUUGUAAUAUGUUUUAUGUAUCAAGUGUCACUAAAGAAAAGGAACUAAAGUGAGAAUUCAAAGGGAAUUUCCAAUUUAAGGUUAAAUUAGCCAAACUUGAAAACAUUUUUCAAGUCAUCUAUGCUCUCAGUUUGGCUACAUUGGACUUAAAUUUGAAAUUCACUUUUAAUUAUCACUUUGGUAAAUAUCCCUAAAAAUAGAUUCACGUAUCAGUCCUGAUUGUUGAAUGCCUCAUAUGUUUAGGAUUUAAAAUAUUGUUUUGUAGUUAAUGCUACAUGAUACAAACUGUAACCUUAACCCUACACCGAACCCACCACUAAGCCCAUGCUUAUACUAACUCUAAAAUACCUAACUAUACUCCUAACCAUAACUCUACUCUAUCCAUAAACCAACAUUUACCCUAACCAACCAUUAACUGUUACCAUAGACCAGGGAUAGACUCCAGAUGUUUUGAACUUCAUCUCUCUUACAGUCAUAAUACUGGCAAAUCAUCAUGGAAGAUGUAGUCUGCAUCAACUAGAGUGCCAAAGGUUGACUAGCUAACCUAACCGUGAAUGCUGAUAAUAAUAAUUUAUAUUGUAUGUCCUCAAAGUUACUUAUUUAUAAAAAGCCUAGCUUAAAUAUUCAUCACCUUAAGCCAUUCCACAGUUUGCAGUGUUAGAACUUGGAGUAAAAAGGAACCUAUCAAGUUUGAUCUCAUAAGAUCAUACAAGUUGCACCCAAGCGUAUUUAGUUUUUUUUUUUUUUUAAAGUGGGAUAAUGUAACAAAUAAUUGUCUGCUUUUUUCUUUAAUUAACUUUGUGUCACAAUGUAAAUAUUUUACACCUUCAAAAUGAUAGGUUAUAGAUGGUAAUGGUAAGGAUCCUAAACUAUAUACAUUUUAUAUUCCAGGUUGAAAUAUCUAAACUUUUAAAGGGGGUAAAUAACCAAUAAUUACCAUUUUUCCUUUUUAGGAACGUGGAACAAUGACAAGACUGAUGAAUUCACUAAUCCAAAUGGAACAGUAAUUUCCAGCCAAAGCACAGAGGAAGAAAUAUUUAGAUAUGGGAUGACAUGUAAGUUUCACAACGAUUAGACUGCUACCUAUAUAAUAUUAGAUAUGUAUAUAUUUUGAUGUUACACUCUUAUUGUAAUCUGCCAAGAUUUUCUACAUUGAAUUUUAAAUAACAUAUAAUAAUACAGGUGCCAACAUGGACAGACCAUGCAUUGGUAAAAAUGGGGCCAAGGCCCCAGGCAGCAAUUUUAUAGGGGUAGCAUUUUGCGCCUCUGUACACUUUAAGUAGCCUGCUGUAUGGAGCCCAGGCUGCAUAUAUAUAUAUAUAUAUAUAUAGUGAGUCUUACUAUAUAUAUAUAUAUGCAGUUCGGUGCCCCUGCUAGGUUGUACAUCGAAGAUGGGGACAGUUUCCGCCAUUUAAACCUGUGGCCACACUCUCGUGGCUAGUGAGAAAAGGAAAGGACCUGAUGCUGUUGGAGGUGUAAAAUGAGACCCGAUAUUCAAUGUACAAGCAUGCUGUGCCACAGAUUACCAGGGAAUCUAGUGUCCCUUCUCCCUGCAUACAAGUAAGAGGCAGGGAAGGGGGAAUAACAUAAUUAUCAAUUUUUAAAAAAUGGCUCACACUUCACAGACCGUAUUCAACACCACAAACACACACAUAGCAUGCAUUACACUGACUCUGCAUCCACUAUACAGACACUGCAUCCACUACCCACACUGCAUCCACUACCCACACUGCAUCCACUAAAAAUUACAGUUUUCUGAGAUGCAUCUGUAGCAUCAUUACUAUUAAGCCAUGUCACUUUACUGUAAAGCUGCAGACCUGCAGGCUUGAACAUUGUAAUUAAAUUCCCUGUGACACCUACGUUACUGUUUCUGAUAGAGUUCAUUAGCAAGUUUGGACCAAAUUAAUAUGUUACACCCAAAGCAGGUGGGGAACCAUCACUUAAAGUAUGGUAACUCUCCUCCUACUGGAUGUUACAUUGGCUUUGUAGGCCUGGCAACAAGACUCUGGAGCAAAGCCUGGUAUGUUCCCAAGAAGGAUCGCAUGUAUGUAAAUUUAAAAUGCGAAACAUAUGCCUGAUUAAAGUUGUGGAGAGAUUAAAACUGAUGAAAGCAGUGGAACAUAUAAAGAAUUUGCUUAAAUCAGUGGGUACUUUUUAUUAUGUUUUACUUCCACCACAACUAUAACAUGGAUGGACGGAUGGAUAGGCAGACAGGCUGAUUGAUUCAUGGAUUCAUUCUUUCUUCUAGAUAGCUUAGUUUUUUUCUAAAAUUUAACCUAGGGUUUAUAGAUAGGGUUUAUAGAUCAUGUAUAACUGUGUUUUCAGAGUUUACAUAAAUAAUUUGGGAGGUUUUGUCAAUUUAUAAUUUCAACAGAAAUGUGAUGAUGUUUAACUUUAAAAUUCCUUCCACUGGACCAAAGAUGCUUCAUCCCAAUGGGGUAAAACAGUGACGAUCUCUGCUGUUUUUUGGUCCAUUCACAUCGUAAAAUGCUCUGUUUUAAGAAACUUGAGGCAAACAAUGGUUACAUCUGUGUGAAAACAUGUUUGUUUUUAUUUCAAAGGGGAAGUCACUAAAAGUUUGUUUAGCAAAGUGAGUGCAACAGCAAGGAGUACAAGCACUUUUACACCUCUCUUCUUGAGCGAUUUGAAAAAUCAGAAUUCUGAAAAGUAUGCCUCAUUGCUCAUCCUUUGUGGCAACAACACGGAAUGCAUAUUUGAUGCUCUCUCCACCAAUAAUACUUCCAUAGGCUUAGCUACUCUCACCACGGUUCAGGCAUUUGAAAAAGCCAACACCACUCUAAGUAAGUACCAUUCUUGUUAUAAUACACUCCCCACAUACUAUGAAUGUUUUUAAUUCUGCUUAAUCUGAAAUGCUAAUUACACUUAAAGGACUACUAUAGGCCCCCAGAUCCCUUCAGAUCAAUGAAGUGGUCUGGGUGCCAGGUCCCCCAGGUUUUAAAUCUGCAGCUGAAAACAUAGCAGUUUCAGAGAAACUGCUAUGUUUACAUUGCAGGGUUAUUCCAGCCUCUAGUGACUGUCUCCCUGAUAGCCACUAGAGGCCGCUUCCGCGAUUCCCAGUGUGAAAAUCGCAUUGAACUCACGUUGAGCUCAGUGUGAAAAUCGCAUUGAACUCACGUAAUUCUUUCCUAUGGGUGGUUUGAACACGGGCGCGGCUCUGGUCGCGCAUGCGCAUUUGACUCCACUUGGAAGCUGACGUCGGCAGGGGGAGGAGCAGUCACCUGGACCAAGGGAGCCCGGCGCUGGAUUAAGGUAAGUGGCUGAAGGGGUUUUAAACAAUGAUUUACAAAUGAUUUGAUUUUUAACUCUUUAUUUUGGUGUGUCGUUGCAUUACAUCUUGGUAACGAGGUGAGCAUUACAUAGUACAUGCAUUUAUAACCAUGGGUACAGAAGUAUCAUGUAUUGCAUUUAUUACAUUCUCAUGAACCUCAACUCUAGUUUAGGUGUUUUUCUUUUUUGAAAACGCAUAAACAUUUAACCUGUGAGAGGAUCAGAAACCAUUGUAGAGAUGAUUUGAUUUUUAAACAGGAGUUUGAACUCCAUCAUCUUUUGAAAACACUGACUAUGAUUUUAGUUAUGAUUAGCUGAAAAUAUAAAUGGCUGAAAUUUCCCAGAAAAAUAUGAAAAAUUUACAAAACUGGCCUGUUUUGCAUUCUGUAUCAAAACACCUAUAAUUCUUUAAGACUUUUUUAAUUUAUCAGGAGUAGACAAUUGAAGUAUUACUAGGACGUAAUGCCUUUUUUCUGGAAAAACAGGGACACGCUAUAGACAUCAGAACCACUACAUUAAGCUGUGGUUGUUCUUGUGACUAUAGUAUCCCUUUAAUUUCAAAGCCUGAUGGCAGAUGUUGGUACGGAGCUCUAGACAGAGGUAUAGAGGGGAAAUAAAUUUUAUUUUUCUUUACCUGCAAGGCCCACAUUUUCCAUCAUGUCAAUGUGUGUCUGAUUGUUUGUGUUAGUGAUGUGUCAGUUAUGUGACAGUGUGUGUGUAACACUAAGGAUAUGUAAAUGAUGUUGCUGUGUGUGUGUGCAUGUGUGUGUAAGAGUGUAUUUGAGCAAUUCAUGUUACAUAUGCUCUGUGGUGUAAAAAGUUUAUUUUGUAUUUUCCAGACUCCAAUCCACCGGUCAUUAAUGGCAAUGCCACCAUUCUAAGUUUCAUGGGGGAAAAAACCCAAGCACAAUUCAGUGCUAACGUGGCUGGAGUCAACUUCAUUACUGAUGUGUCUUAUAAAGAUGUUAAUUUGACUUGUAAGUGUUUCACAUUCAGAUUGUUUCUACUAUGUAUCUCUGUCUGCAUGUGUCUGUGUAUCACAUAAGUAUACAUUUACACUCUUUGGCAAUUUAGUUACUUAUGUCUGCUUUUUAAACCCAAAUUUAAACAUGAGCUUAAUCUAACAAGCAUAUAGAAAUGGUUAUGAUGUUUUGUUGUUUAAUAAAAUGAGGAAGAUGCAUGAUUUAAGUGAAUUUGAUUAUUGCAUGAUUACUGGUCCUGGAUGCAGUGGUUCUAGCGUAUCUGAGACAGAUUCCCUUCUGAAACUUCUUGGCAGUUCAUAGCAUUAAUAGAGUAUGACAGAUAAUAGUCCAAAAGACCAAAAAAAAAACAAAAAACAAUAUAUUGUGCAAUAAGAGCACAAAUAAUUAACAGUAAUUUUUUCUGUCCGUACUCCCACUUCUAAUGCUUGCCUUCAAGAUUUCUCGAGGGCUGCACCGUUCCUGUGGAACUCGCUUCUCUCCUCCGUUAGAUGCUCACCCAGUCUCCACUCCUUCAAAAAAUCGUUAAAAACCCACUUCUUCAUAAAAGCGUAUCAUUUAAACUGUUAAUAGCUCCUGACUGAUUCCUCUUCUGCAACUGUCAUUAGUCUAAUACUAUCCUUACCUUUUUGUGUCAUUUUACCCCACUCCCUCUAGCAUGUAAGCUCAUUGAGCAGGGUCCUCAACCCCUCUGUUCCUGUGUGUCCAACUUGUCUGGUUACAACUACAUGUCUGUUCGUCCGCCCAUUGUAAAGCGCUGCGGAAUUUGACGGCGCUCUAUAAAUAUCAUAAUAAUAACAAUAACUCAUACAUUAAACAAACAUCUGUGUUAGCAAUUCACAUGAUUGAUAUAGCUUUCAAUGUUUAAAAUGUCUCGUCCCUCAAUAAUAUUUUUGGAGAAGCUGUUCAAAUGGUUUAAUAUAAUAAAAAAAUCUUAAAAUUUUAUAGUAUUUUGAUAUAUUUUUAUGUUGAUAUACUUUUUAAUAUAUGAUAAUAUUUUGAUCUUUUACUAUUUUGAAAAAAUAAUAAUUUGAAAAUGUAUCCAAAAAUAUUAAAUUAUUUGAAAGGCUUAUCCAACAAUAUUAAACCAAGGAGGUUAGAUAAUGCUAACUUUUCUUUUCUCGUUCUAUAGCUGAUGGACUUCUGACCUGGCUUCCAUCUAGUGCUGAUGGUUUCACAAUGUGGCUUAUAGCUACAGACUCUCAGAAUCUCUCCUCCUCAAUACAGCUUAAUUUCUAUCUAUGUGACUGUCGCCUUAAGACUGAAUGUGUCUAUACCGAAUUAUCUAGAGUGAAUACUUCAUCUGUUUAUGUAAGUAUGAGAAGCUGACAAGCACACCCAAUUCAUCUUAGGCUAGUAGUAACUAUAAUUGUAGAUUAUGCUAGCUUUAGUGUACCUAUAAUCUUAAUUUUAUUAAUGACAGAAGGCAAGUAUUUGCUUUAGUCUCUCUUUACUAGAACUCCACAGUAGCACAGAAAACAACCAAUCAGAAAAAAGUUAGGUACUAUAAAACUCCCCUCCCCAUGCAUCAUUUCCUCUUUCAAGCUGCAACAAAACAGAAUAAAAGGCAGAAAACAUAACGGGGAAGAAACGAAGUCCUAGAUACAAUGAAUACAACAAUGUCCACCAUCCGAGAAGAACUGCCAAACCGGAUAGCGUUGAUGGACUGUAAACUGAAACGAGAGAAAAAAAACCCCAGAAUCAAACAGGUUGGUUAGCCAAUGAAAUGUACUCUGAACAAACAUGUAGAUACCCCAUGUAGCAAGCAAAUUUACCGUAACCUGCAUAGAUCCCAACCCUACUAUGAAAAACAGACAUAAGAACAAGUGACAGGUAGCAGAGACGACAAGCAGAGUUGCAUAAGUACCUGAUGAACCCAAACUAUUACAAUUAAACAAGGGAGGGAUAAGAAUGGGUGGGAAAUACUCGCCUCCUGUCAUUAAUAAAAUUAAGAUUAUAGGUACACUAAAGCUAGCAUAAUCUAUAAUUUUAUAACAUGACAGGAGGCUUUGUAUUUGCUGUUUUAACGCUCAGCCAACAAAUCCAACGCUGGUACCCAUUCCGUGAAUAUUAGAGCAAUCCUAAAUGGACCCCCAACUGCAAGAAGCGACAGUAGCUAGAUCGAUGAAGAUGCCAGCUGGUGAAGCAACCCAAAUUGGGAAAAACACCAUCCGUUGAUAGAUCCAUUGUACGUGUGGUUGCGACCUGUUCCCUAGCAGUCGGUCCAUGAGCUGCCAAGUUGACCUAUUAAUCAUUCUCCUGUAGGUGUAAAGUGCCGAAGGCCAUAUGCGGACAAGGGCCGUGAGAAGAGACUGCCACCAUGUCUCGACUCUUGAUGUGGAAGGUGAUUCCUCCGAUCAUGCCAGGGUCACCAGGCGAUGUGGCCUUGCAGUCAAUCUCCAACCUCAGGCAUGCGCCUAAGUCCACCGCCAAUUCUCGAAUAGAACCGAGUAGUGUCUAGUCGUUCCUUUAUGACCUACCCAGUGAAUUGUCUCCUCUGAAAAUAAAUUUAUUAUGCAGAUAAGAGUGUGGUCAAUACUAGCCGUAUCCUAAGUGACUGCAGUCUUCCAACUGGACUGAGUAAUCCACGGCUGCGGUAUAGAAAGGACACCCAAAGGACGCCCAAUCAAGGUCUCAAACUGAACUUGUGUGGUGAAACGGUGAUCAACUAUUCUGGGGAUUGUGAAUCCCAGAAAGUUCAAAAGGAUGGGACCGUAAACCAGGGUUGAGAUUUCCAUCCAAAUAUAUCAUCCUCUAAGAGUGCUAAGCUGUCCGGAUCCAAUUGUGAUUAGGACCUGUAUAACGCAGAAGAGCCCUUACGUGUUGUAGUGAGAGUGAAAUACUCCGAUUACCGUUUGUACGAUCCUGUUCCAUGCCCGACCUGUCAAUUUUCGUAUGUGGGGUUCCUGGUCUACAUGCCACCUACAAGAUAGGAUAUAAUAGAGCGAGACCCCUAGGUCCCUGUAUCCUAGACUGUCCAGGGAUGUAUCUCCCAGGGUAGGUUUCCUUGAUGAUAGUUGAAUAGGAGGGCUUGUGAGAACCCAAACCAAGAUGGUUCCCGUGAUGGAUAUAGAGUAUAGAAGGAGGGCCCUCCAUAUCCGAAAACUGUUCUCAAGAUAUGUUUUCAGAGGUGUAGGAGCAGUCCUGCCAUCUUUAUAUCAAGAUUGUAACGACCAGGGAAGCCAAGUCCUGAGAAUUCUGGUUUCUCCAUGAGAUCCAUGCAUACGGUGCACCUGCAGACCGUUUGUGUGAAUUCCCUAGUCUUGUUACCCGAGCAAGGCAGUGCCCGUUUGCCCUAUGCAGGCCUCUGGAUCUCAUGUCAUCUUGACACGGGAAAAUUGUCUGCACAGUUUGUUCGCAAUGAAUAUCUUAAACAGAGUGCAAUUGUCUGUUUGAUAUAGCGCAGAUUAUACCAAAACCUGUACUCUUGUAAUAACUGAGGCUCCUCCAUAGCCGUACUGUCUCCAGGAACAUGUGUAUAUAAGCGGGGAACCUCCCCCACUAAUACCUCUGUGGGUAUUUCUCAUGUGGAAUACAAGAUGGAUCCAGUCAAACUAUGUAUACCUUGCCCGAUCAGGCAGCCCUCUAGAACGAAAUCGGUAGCGCAGUCGUUAUAUUUAAAUUGGAUGUGGGAGGGACGCCCCUCUAUGCAGUCAUAGUUGUCCUGUACAGGUACAAGCAUGUGACAAACAAAUAGACGGCACGUAGUGCAUUAAGUGUAUGAGAGAGUCGCACUCUCUAAAACGUGAUCGAACUCUGUGUCCGCAUACGGCUGGUGGUAUGAGCGGGCCGCACCCGUUAGAAGCCAAACAUAGAGUAUACAUCUGUGUCUGGUUCCUUCUAUGAGAAUGAGUCACUCAGAGCAUGUCCUCUGUAUCCAGCUCGGUAUCAGGCUGAGGUUGAGGGAGGGCCAUGCCCUGUAAUAAUGAAUCAGUGUCUGGUUCGGUAUAGGAGAGGGGUUCGCUCUCUACUCUUGAAAAUAAAAAUAUCAGUCUCGGGCCGAGGUGAUGGAGGGCCACACCCUCUGUAAUCCAAACUAGAGUCCAGUAGAGACUCAGGGUGACCAAACAUGGGGUUACACCCUUAUUUAAUAUCAGCGUAGUAUACAACCUUGGGCCGUGUCCCUCCUUAGUAAGAGAAAGGGGUGAUGAGAAAGGUAAGUUUCGGAGACAAUGAUGGCAACUAUCAACGGACCGCCCGGAUCUCGUGUGCGCGUGCAGGGGAUAUAGUGUCCAUAAAAUCAAGCUCUGCUGAGCAAUACCUUCCUUAAACGGCGAAUUGGAAUGCACAUGUAUAUACAGAUCUGUUUGAGAUUUCUUAUCUUUAUUGUAGGUCAUUAUCAUCAUGCCGCCUGAAGGGUAUUGUACUCAUGGUCUCUUCAGGAGUAGGGCAAAACAAUUGCCAACUCAAUGAAUCUCCCCAAGAACCUGAUAAAAUUGAAUAGUAUCAUCAUAGACAGAUAUAUACCGUCAGUAAAACUCACAGUAAUCUGUGAUAUAUAUAUACACUGUCAUAGAUCUCACAGUUAUCUGUGAUAUAUAUAUAUAUAUAUAUAUAUAUAUACACUGACAUAGAACUCACAGUAAUCUGUGAUAUAUGUAUACACUGUUGUAGAACUCACAGUAAUCUGUGAUAUAUGUAUACACUGUCAUAGAACUCACAGUAAUCUGCGAUAUAUAUAUACACAUGAACACUCACAGUAAUCUGUGAUAUAUACACAUGGAAACUCACAGUAAUCUGUGAUAUAUAUAUACAUGGAAACUCACAGUAAUCUGUGAUAUAUAUACAUUGAAACUCACAGUAAUCUGUGAUAUAUAUACACAUGGAAACUCACAGUAAUCUGUGAUAUAUAUACAUUGAAACUCACAGUAAUCUGUGAUAUAUAUACACAUGGAAACUCACAGUAAUCUGUGAUAUAUAUACAUUGAAACUCACAGUAAUCUGCGAUAUAUAUACACAUGGAAACUCACAGUAAUCUGUGAUAUAUAUAUACAUGGAAACUCACAGCAAUCUGUGAUAUAUAUACACAUGGAAACUCACAGUAAGAUGUGAUAAAAACACUGUAAAAGAAACUCACAGACAUUUGAUCCUAACUGACAUAUCUGAGCAAAUUAUGGAGAACAUGAUGAAAUCAACCGCAUCAACCCGGCAAAGCAACAAUAGCCGAGACCCGACCACAGUGGGCGGAGGAGGGGCCGCGAGCAGGUGCACUCUCCUCUACCCGGUCGGCCGGCCGCAGCUCUCAGAAGAAGCCGGUUGUGGCGAGGUGGCCAUGUGCACCAGCGGAGGAGGGGCCGCGUCCGACCGCGAGUACCCCGGAUGCCGGUAAACUCACCAAGGAGCUCGGGGAAUCAGAAGAGGCAGUCAGACGGCUAGUCUCCUGAUACCCCGAGGGUAGCACAUGAAGCCCGGUUAGCAAGGGCGGAAUAAAUAGCAGAAAUGUGUUAGAGAGUGAUAGGUAUCUGAUAGGUAUCCCCAGAAAAAAAAAAACUAAAACCAACACAAUGUAAAGGAAAAAAAAACAGGGGAAGCAAAGAAAGAAAAGAGUCAAAAAGGCACAUAAAUCUCACAACUAAGCAUAAUUAAUAAAAAUCAUAAAUAAAUCAUACUAAAUCCCAAAGCCACCCACUAGAAGCAGGAGGCAGUGGUACUCUGACCUGUACUGACUGCGGAGCAGCAAAGAAAGAGGAAAUGAUGCAUGAGUAGGGGAGUUUUAUAGUACCUAACUUUUUUCUGAUUGGUUGUUUUCUGUGCUGCUGUGGAGUUCUAGUAAAGAGAGACUAAAGCAAAUACAAAGCCUCCUGUCAUGUUAUAUAAUUCAACUCUAAUUUUGACAUUAUCACCAAAUGCACAUUUUUUUUUAAACAUACCAGUUGUUCAUUAAAUGUGUAGAUACUUGUUUUUAGAGUGGAUCUUCUUAUAUCCGUGAUAUUUUAUGUUAGCAGACAUGCUACAUGAGUAACAUUGUAGAUGGCCCUUCAAAGGAUUCCCCUAAGUCCACUCAACAGUCAUACAUAUUUAAAGGGAACAUACAGCCCUGAAAAUAACAAACAUUAUUUACCUUGUAGCUUUAUUAGCUCUGCCCAUCCAACAUUCCUCAGUAAAAUUAAGUUAAAUAACGUUUACUCUGUUGGAGCUUCCUUCAGUGAUAUCCACAUCAAAGCUGACAUUGCCUGUAAUCUCCUCCAACCAAGACAUGUGUGGCCAAACAGCAUGCUCCUCCAAUCAAAUGCAGUAUCAGUAAAAUUUGAUUUCAGGCCAUGUGCACCAGCGGAUCCAUCCGCCGCGUCCGACCGAAUCAAAUGUUACAGCUUACAGCAUUUACAGCUUACAAAUGUUACAGCUUACAGCAAAGACAGUCACAGGUUUAUAGCACUGUAGCUUUCCUAUGUUGAAAAAUCUGAAGCUGGAGGACCUCAUGAAGAGAGUGAGGACGUUCAGCGUCAGAUACCGAAGAUGCCAAAGGUCCGUUUCAAUUCAGGAAGCCAUCUAGUGGCUGUCUGAUAUACAGCCACUGAGCGCAUACUUAGAGCUUCUCUGGAACAGCAAUGUUUUACAUUGCAGCAUUAAGUGCAAAAAGGGACAAAGCACCCAGACCACUUUAAUGAGCUGAAGUGGUCUGGGUGCCUACCGUGUCCCUUUAACCUUGCAAUGUACAAAUUGUAGUUUCUACAAAACUGACAGAAACACUGCACCCAGACUAAUUAAUUGAGCUAAAGUAGUCUAAUUUGUAAUAUGUUUAUGCAGGUUGCAGGUUGUUCUUGUGCAAACAAUUACACAGACACUUCUUGUAGAACUGCUCCAAAUCCCUGUACUGGAGGAUGCUUCCCUGGAGUGCAAUGUAACAACAUAACUGGCUGUGGAUCCUGCCCUGCAGGACUGGACGGUGAUGGCUUGCACUGUGAAGGUAAAUAAGACAAAAACACUGAUACUUGUUAACAAGAAUAGCACUAUAUAUUCUGCAAUGAGGAUACGUUAGCUGUUUUCUAAUUUUUGACUGCUAGAGUAUCAUAUGCAACAUCUAUGGGAUUUUUGUGCCAAAAGAUAUACAAAACUGAUUGUUUUUGCAGAAAAAUAUAAAACUUGUAAAAUAAGAUGUGAAGUGCCUCUAUCACUGUAUAUACCAUCUAGGCACCCUAAUGCAAUAAGAAUGCAUUGUAUUACACACAUCAUUAGAAAGCAAGAUCAUAGGAAUUAAGAAACAUAUUUUGUGAUUGGAAAAUGUGUAUUUAAAACAUGGUAAACAAAUGAGGCACUUUGAUGAAAAAUAUUUGGUGCUUUGGUAACUUUAAAGGAAAAGUAAUUUUUUUAAAUAUUUAAUUCAAAGAAAGAUUUCAUUAAUUACAUACUGUAUGCGUAUUAUUUUUUAAUUUAUAUGUAAAUUAAUAACUUCUUGUAGUGCAUUUCCUAACUUAACUUGCUCUGUGGGAGCUGCCAUUUAAGGGCUAUUUGGUCAGAAACAUGGCUUAUCUGACCAAAGACCACACAGGUGAUCAAAUCUUAACAUUAUGACAUUAAUUCUUGAUUACCUGUGUGGUCUUUGGUCAGAUAAAAUUCAGUUUCAGACCAUACUAAAUCAAAUACAAAAUAUGAGAGUAAAUGCAUAUGUUUCUAAAACAUCCAUGAAUGAUUGAUUAGAUAAGCAUUUCACAAUCUUAUAAAAUAUAAUACUAUACUCCAAGCACUAUAAUUGCUACAGCCUGUUGUAACUAUGGUGCCAAGAAUGCUUUUGUGCCAUCUCAGUGUAAUUUGUCCAACAUUUUUAAUGGUUUGAAAACUUACCAGGUGCCUACUGAGUGCAUAGCCCUACAUCUGGAUUCUUGUAAGAGAAUAUGGUUAGGUCCACUGAACUAAGCAAGGUUAUGCAGGGACAUGCUCAUUGGCUAGGAGCUUCAGCUGAGAGCUCUCAGCCAAUGAACGCAGACAUUUAUAGGCCAUACUUAGUUCAGUGAAGUCGUUAGGCUGUAGUGGUUAUGGUGUUUCAUUGACUGUUGGUCCUAGCCAAAAGGUAAAUUCAGCAAUUAGUGUGAUCUGCUUAGUUGCAACACUCACAGUUUCUUUCACGGGAUUCUAAAUAUAUUGCUGACUUAUAUGUUCUUUGCUUUAACAGAUAUAGAUGAAUGCCUUCAAAAUAACACUUGUUCUCCGAAUGCUGAUUGUACAAACACAUAUAAAAGCUAUAGCUGUGUCUGCAAACAUGGGUUUACUGGUAAGUAAGAUAUGGUUAUUAAUUUAAGAAAAUACAUUCAUUCACACCAAUACACAUCCACAAACACUUUGUUCGGAAUACAGUGAUGUAAAAAGAGAAGUUUAAGCAUUAACAAUAUAAUUCAAAACUAAUUAGAAACAUGUAUUUCAUGAAUACAAUGUACUACAUGCUGUUUUGUCUUUACUGCUGCGUAUCUCUCUGUUAAACUCUUUUUUUUAUUUUAGUUCACUUUGCCUGUGUGUGUUUUUGAAUCUCUUUCUUUCUCUUGCCCUCUCUUUCCUCUUUGUGUUUAUCUCUUUUUCUAUAUAUUUCUGGGUGCCAAGGUCAUUUAGCUUUUUCUAGAAAGCCUCUUUCUGGCCUGGAGCUCUGGCUCUAAGUGGGUCCUCCUCGGGCCGGCAAGGAGAUUAAAAGAUCUCUCUGCACGGCCCUGUUCUCCCACCAUUCGGAGAGCAUUGUGGUAUGUACGACUUUAAGUGUAUCCUUACAGCGAGGACCCUCUUUAUGAAUCAUGAAGGCACUCUUAGAUGAUCUGUACCCAAUAUUGGGGUAGAUCAGAUAGCUUAUCCACCAGACCAGACAAGGGAUCGAGCUCACACUCCACUGGAUCAUCACAGAAGAUAAGCAGGAGAUGGAGAGAGCAUACACACACAACAAACAAACACUAAGACUCCCUUACACACAUACACUUUAGCCACCACACAUACAACUCUCAAUCAGCACAAACAGACACACUCAACUCCCCACCAUACAACUCUCACCCUCCUCUCACAAACUGUCACAAACAACACUCAGCCACCACCUACUCACAUUGCUCAUAGACACAGAGCCCAGGGCUCCGGGGAGCAUCCUGCCUAGGGCCUUGGGCAACAUUAAAAAUGCUCCACACUUUGUAUUGUGUGUUCAUCUCUCUCCUGUUUAGCAUAAGGUGUAACUUAACAGUUUGUAAAGUGAUAUUGCUAAAGUCUGCCACUUGGUGGCUCUAAAGUCAUUGAGUAGCAAAAUAUACUUUUUGUCCCAAACUUACUUUUGUGUUGUUCACUUAACUGAUAUUUAAGGAUAAUUCAAUUUUAAUUUCUUUACAAUAUAGUUCACUAGGAGAAAAAAAUCUCCAAUUCAGCUUUUUUCUGGCUUGCCCUAUUUUAUCCUAAUAUUCACAAUUUAAGCUGUGUUCAUAUGUUAAUGGAGACCCAACAUUCCAAUAAGAGAAGAGAGUGAUUCAUAUAAUAAGUAAUUUAGUGCUACACUGUUUGCAUUCACAGUAUAGGGACAGUAUGAAUGAUAAUCAUAAUGAUUAAAUGGGAUCGGAUUUGAAAGUGGAACUUUGAUUUCUGAUUAUAUAAAGGAAACAUAAAAAAAUAUUUACUAAAGUGUGAAAUUAAAGUUAAUUUCAAAUUGUAUUCCAUGACUAUAUAUUGUUGUGUUAAAAAUCAUCACAGACAAGAUACCAAAAAUAUUCCUAUUUACUUGUUUAUUACAGCUUAAUUAAAUAAGUUGCAACUUUCAUUACCACCCAAUAGCUUUAGAUUGCCUUGUUUAAAAACAGUUUGUGUUCUUAACUUCACAAAACAAACAAACAAACAAACAAACAAAAAAUAAGAGACAGACAAUUUUUAGAUUGUUUGUCUUUAUAAGUUCAGGUGGGCAAACCAUUUUUAAACACGUGGCAAAACCACAUUUUUGUUGUUUUCUGAUUUUUUAAUAGAGUAUAUUGAAACAUUUGUAAAAUGUUUAAUCUCUUUUGUAUGUAAAAUUAACAGUUUUUAUUUAUAACGAUUUAGCCUAAUAAACCGUAUACAUUUUAAAGCAUUGUAUCAUCUCCAAAUUAAAUGUUUUAAAAUCUAUCUAAUCUAUUUAAUCUAAUAAAAAACUGUGUUUAAUUAGGUAAUGGGAGUUACUGUGUGGAUAUCAAUGAGUGUCUAAGCAGUCCAUGCUCAGUUAAUGCAACGUGCAAUAAUACUGAAGGAAACUUCACAUGUGCCUGUCAGAGUGGGUUCAAAGGUAACUAUACCUAUAUUAAAAUGUUACAAACAUGUUGCUUUUCUUGUUAUUAAAAUUAUUUAUUUUACAAUCUUUUUAAGAGGUUUAAUGAUAACUGUUGCAUUCCUCUGUAAUUACUAUCUCUGGAAGGUUAGAAACGUUUUGACACCUAAAACUCUCUAGCUCUCUCCCUGACAUGUUGACAGACAACACUAGGAUUGUUGAAUGUGUAUGGCAGCAAUAUUGUACCAUAAAUACAGUUCAUGAUAACACAUGUUUAUGAAAAGCCAUUGUUUAUAAAGUACUACAUGUUUAUAAAGUGUUCUGUUUAAAUAAAGAGCAUUGUUCUUGGCCUACUCAAUUAUAUCAAAAGUUAUCAAUAUCAUGAAGCCACCAACAAUUCCCUGUCUACACUUACAGAAUAUCACAGAGAUACUCAGCCCUUUUUUUAUUGGUAAACUAAAUAUAUGCUUUUCAGCGAUAUAGGAGGUUGGAAUGUUUAAGACCAUAAUUAAUAUUUUGUGGAGCAUUUAUUAUUUUAUUUUUUACUCCUUGUCACUUGUUCUUGAGUAUUUUUAACUAUGCAAAUCGUGACUAAUAGUUACACAUUUUGUGUUUAAUUAGAUAACGGAACACACUGUGUUGAUAUCAAUGAGUGUUUGACCAGUCGUCCAUGUUCAGCUAAUGCCACAUGCACUAAUUCUGAAGGAAGCUAUAGCUGCAACUGUAAUAAUGGAUUCACAGGUAAGUGAUUACAUGACAAUUUUUCGGUUUCUAAUAUUAAAAUUAAUCAUUUUCCUUUUGAAGGGACACUAAAAAAAUAAUAAAGAAAAGUAAAAAAAAAAAACUAAAUUUUUUUUUAUUUAUUUCUUUUCUACAACCUGAGGUUACUGAAAUGCUUAAACUCUGCUGGGUAUGCUUUAUGCACAUAAAAUGGUGUUAAAGAUUGUUAUGUAUUUUGAUGUGAGAUUUAAUUUACUUGAAGAUGGGCAGUAUCUGACUUUCUGGGAGAAAUUAGCAAAUGGGAAGAGACACGGAGAAGGCCCUGUGUUGUGGGAAACAAUGUGUUUGAAGAAGAAGGAGAUAUCUAAUAAAAGAAGGUUAUUUAGAGGUGGACCUUAAUAAAAAAGAAUGCAAAACAAAUACUUGCCAUUUUUCAUAGUUAUUUUGAAGUGAUUUUCUGUCUAUGUAUUACGUUUUUCUCAUGUUAUAACUACAAUUGUUAUAAUAAAAAAAUAACUGUUAUACUUAUUUAAUUAGGAAAUGGAACUUACUGUGCUGAUAUUGAUGAAUGUCUCAAAAGUCCAUGCUCAUCGAAUGGAAAUUGUAUUAACACACAAGGGAGUUACACGUGCACCUGCAAGGAUGGAUUUAUAGGUAAAAACAAUGUCUUGGAAAUAAUUUUGGGAACAGAAGUAUUAGAAAUGUUUUCUAUCAAUGGCAUUGUUCUCACCCUGAAAAUGGGGCUUAAAAUUGUGAUUAUUGUCUUUUCAAAUAUAAUAGUGAAAAAUGAAACACCCCUCACAAAAAAAAAACCAGAUAUGAAGUCAAGAAGAACAAUGACAUGAGAGCAGAAAGUGGUAGGAGUUAAAGGGACACUACAGGUACUACAGCCAUUUCAUUUUAUUAAAAUGGUUAUGGUACCUGGAUCGUUAGAUUAUUUUCAAGGAGUCUAACUCUAAAUAAGGGCCCUUGGUCACAUACAGCCCAGUUCACACAACAGGUGUGGCUAAGGAAGCUAUUACACACUUCUUUCUCACUAUAACAAAAAAUAAUUCUAGCAAUAAGCACUGUGAUAGGCUGAAAGCAGUUAACUGACUCUCUCAGCUAAUCAAAGACAUUUACUGUUGCUCAGGCUAAUGCAUCCUCAUUAUCACAAACAAUACAGAGGGAAUGGUCUGCUGGGGACUCAUCUUUAUCAUCAAAAAAUGUAAAACUGUUUAACAAUGAAGGGAAGAUGGCACCAGGGAACUCCAGGCAUUAUAAUCACUUCAAUAAGAGAAAGCAGAUGCAGUGCCUGCAGUGUCUCUUUACAAGAGAGCAGAGAAGUUAACAGCAAUGGUCUAGUCACGAAUUGAUCCUAGGGAAGAAAUACUGGCAUCAUAAAUGUUUUCCUUUUGCAGGGAAUGGAACAGUUUGUACUUGUGGUGAAUGUGAAGCAAAUUACUGCAGCAAUGGUGGAACAUGCACUAGGGUGGGAACAACGUGCACCCAGAAAUGUACAUGUCUUCCGGCAUUUACUGAUGAUCGAUGCAUAAUUGCUGGCAACAAUUUCCCAGCGCAGCUCAAAGCUAGUAAGUUACAAUAUAAUUUAUUGUAAAAUUUUGAUAAGUCUGAGAUGGGAGAUAAUUUUUACAUUGUGAGUCCUACCCAACCUCUCACCUGCAGGCUUUUAUGCAUGACAGUCAGUGAAUAUGUGUAAAUGUAUGUAUUUGUAUUCUUUCAACAUACACACAUAAAUGCACAUUUGUUCUAAAAAUUAAAUUAAAUUGUUAGAGUGGCCCAGCAAAAUAUGCUUUAUCCAUUGUUAGAGUAAGGUUUAGUUUAGUUUUGACUCCUAUUUGUAUUCACUAUAGUGAGGAUUGUAGGGAAAUUAACGUGAAUUUCAAAUGUAAGGCUAAAAUAAAUGACUGUAAAAAAUCUCCAAAUUACCUAAGAUUCCAGUUUGGCUAUUUUGGCCUAACAUUUGAAAGUCACGCUUCUCACUUUAGUGCCUAACCCUGACUAUAUUUAUCUGUUUUAAUGGAUUCCAAUUUUUUUACCUGCAGGCACAAAAAUGAGAACUGUAUAUUUAACAAUCAGAAAUACUGGAGCUAAUUUCACUGACGUGGAAGCAUAUAGCAAGGUGUGUACUUUUGGUUUUUCUACUCAAAUUGUAUUUGUUUUUACCAUUCAUAUACAUGAAACCAGACGUGUUCCUAUUAGUAAUUGUAUAUUUUCAGUUUUUUAGUUAUACGCUAUUACUUGUUUUUGCCCCCAUUUUUCAUGAGCUGAACUCAAAGAUCUAAGACUUUUUCUAUGCACACAAAAGGCCUAUUUCUCUGAAAUUUUUCUCACAAAUCUGUCUAAAUCUGUGUUAGUGAGCACUUCUCCUUUGUCAAGAUAAUCCAUCCACCUCACAGAUGUGGCUUAUCAAUAUGCUGAUUAUUGCAAACGUGUGGCUUAGGCUGGCCACACUGAAAGGCCACUCUAAAUUGUGCAGUUUUAUCACACAGCACAAUGCCACAGAUGUUGCAAGUUUUGAGCGAGUGUGUCAUUGGCAUGCUGACUGCAGGAAUGUCCAGCAGAGCUGUUGCCCGUAAAUUGAAUGUUAAUUUCUUAGAAUUUGUCAGUACACCCAACUGGCCUCACAACCGCAGACCACGUGUAACCACACCAGCCUAGGACCUCCACAUCCAGCAUCUUCACCUCCAAGAUCGUCUAAGACCAGCCACUCGGACAGCUUCGGUUUGCAUAACCAAAGAAUUUCUACACAAACUGUCAUACACUGUCUCAGCUCAUCUGCAAGCCUGGCGUCCUCAUCGGGAUCUCGACCUGACUGCAGUUCAUCGUUGUAAUUGACUUGAGUGGGCAAUUGCUCACAUUCGAUGGCAUCUGGCACUUUGGAGAGGUGUUCUCUUAAUGGAUGAAUCUCGGUUUGCACUGUACAUGGCAGACAGCGAGUAUGGCAUUGUGAGGGUGAGUGGUUUGCUGAUGUCAAUGUUGUGGAUCAAGUGGCCCAUGGUGGCGGUGAGGUUGAGGUAUGGGCAGGCAUAUGUUAUGGACAACAAACACAGGUGCAUUUUAUUGAUGAGAUCCUGAGGCCUAUUGUUGUGCCAUUCUUCCACGACUGUCAUCUCAUGUUGCAGCAUGAUAAUGCUCUGCCCCAUGUUGCAAGGAUCUGUACACAAUUCCUGGAAGUUGAAAACAUCCAGUCUAACAGUUCUUGCAUGGACAGCAUACUCACUGGACAUGUCAUCCAUUGAACAUGUUUGCAUGUUUGGGAUGCACUGGAUCAGUGUAUAUGACAGCAACUUCGCACAGCCAUUGAAGAGGAGUAGACCAACAUUCCACAGGUCACCAACCUGAUCACCAACCUGAUCAACUCUAUGCGACGGAGAUGUGUUGCACUGCGUGAGGCAAAUGGUGUUCACACUAGAUACUGACUGGUUUUCGGACUCCCCCCGGACACCCCGAAUACAGUAAAACUGCACAUUUUAGAGUGGCCUUUCAUUGUGGCCAGCCUAAGGCACACCUUUGCAAUAAUCAUGCUGUCUAAUCAGCAUCUUGAUAUGCUACACCUGUGAGGUGGAUGGAUUUUCUCGGCAAAGGAGAACUGCUCACUAAAACAGAUUUAGACAGAUUUGUGAACAAUAUUUGAGAGAAAUAGGCCUUUUGCGUACAUAGAAAAAGUCUUAGAUGAUUGAGUCCAGCUCAUGAAAAAUGGGGGCAAAAACUCAUUUUGUUCAGUGUAGUUUAGAAAAUGAUUGACCUCAUAUAUAUUGUCCUGCCUACCAUUGCAAAAAGUAUGAAAGUAGCUCAUUGUUUUAAUGAUAGCCAUUGUAGUUUCCUGAUUUUUGUAGAUAGCAUCAUAAAUAAAUAUUGCUACUGUAUGCUAUAGUGCUGGUUAUGUGAACAACAGAUAAUGUUGAUAAGGAUAAGGAGUUGCUGUAGUUUAUAGUGAAGCCACUAGUGAUACAUUUAUCCUGACAUUUGUGUCUAGAAGAUUAGGUGUCCUGCAUAGCAAAAAAUGUGUUUUGAAUUUUAGGGGUUACAUUUGGAGAGUCGUCAUGAUAUUUUACUACAUGAGUUAUGGUUUCAGUGGCAACUGGUGAUUUAAAAUGGUGGGGUGCCAGACUCCUCCCCCAGAAUUUUACUCCAUUAUACAGUACAUAGAUAAUCAUACAAUACAGAACUGAAACCUAUUACAGAAUUAAAGAUACACUAAGUUUUUUCCUUAUUAUUAUUAUUAUUAUUAACAUUUAUAUAGCGCCAACAGAUUCCAUAGUGCUUUACAAUAUUAUGAGAGGGGGGAUUUAACUAUCAAUAUAGGAUGAUUACAAGAAAACUUACAGGAAUGAUAUAAAACACAUUAGGACAGGACAUAGCAAUCAAAUAAGGUGGGAUUAAAGCAAAACUGGAGGAGAGAGUAAAGUACUGCCCUUUAGGAGAGAGCAGGAGACAGGUAUGUGAGGUAGAGGUUAAUCUGGGAGGCCAUAAACUUUCCUAAAGAGAUGGGUUUUAAGGCACUUCUUAAACGAUUGAAGACUAGGGGAGAGUCUGAUGGUGGUAGUCAGGGAGCCGCCCUGAGAAGUCCUGCAAGCGUAAUUUGGCCGUACAGGUGCGAGCAGCUCACAGGAGAAGGUCACGGGCAGAGCGGAGAGACAGAGAAGAGUUUGAAGAAGGCGAGCAUGAUCAACGGUGUCAAAGGCCGCAAAGAGGUCAAGAAGAAUGAAUAUGGAGUAGUGGCCUUUGGAUUUAGCUGCGAUUAGGUCAUUAGUAACUUUGAUAAGAGCGGUCUCAGUAGAGAGGACAGGGUGGAAGGCAGAUUGAAGAGGGUCAAGGAGAGAGGUGGAAUUGAGGAAGUGAAAAAUAUGGGUAAAGACAAGUCUUUCUAGAUGAUUUGAGGAAAAAGGGAGCAGGGAUAUGGGACGAUAGCUAGUGGGGGAGGACGGGUCAAGAGAUGUUUUUUUCAGGAUAGGUACUACAGUGGCAUGUUUAAAGUCAGCAGGGACAAUGUCAGAAGAGAGAAAUAAGUUGAAGAUGUGUGUCAAGGAAGGCACAAGACAAGUGGAGAAAGAUCUGAUAAGGUGAGAUGGGACAGGAUCGAGCGGGCAAGUGGUGAGGCAAGAGGAAAGGAGAAGUGCAGCCACCUCAUGUUCAGUAGCCAGGGAGAAAGUCUGAAGGGUAGGAAAGGCAUGAUCUAUGUGUGGUUGAGAAAGUGAAUGGCAAAGUGGGGAGAAUUCUAUCCUUAGCUGUUCAAUCUUGUCAGUAAAGUAGCAUGCAAAGCUAUCGUCUAUAAGGGUAGUUUGGGGGGUGGCCACAGCAGAGCGAAGAAUAGAGUUAAAGGUGUCAAAGAUAUGCCUGGGAUUGUGGGAGCAUGAACUAAUGAGAGAGGAAAAGUAUGACUGUUUGGCGAGGGCAAGGGCUGCGCUGUAUGAAUACAAUAUGAAUCUAUAAUGGAGAAAGUCUGACUGGGUGUGAAACUUCCUCCAGGAGCGUUCAGCACAACAGGAGCAGUUUUGCAGGUAGUGUGUUGAUUUAGUAUGCCACGGUUGGGGGCAUGUCCUCCUCUAGGUGCAUUUUAGGAGCGGGGCUUCAGCGUUCAAGGCAGAGGUGAGGUUAUAUGUGGAAAUUACCAGUGAGGGACAGUAGAGAGAAGGAAUGGAUAGCAAUUGUGAAUCAAUAUCAGCUAACAGCUGAUUUGGGAGGAGUGGGAAAAGAUAGGCUGGAAAGGUAUAUGUAGAGUGCAUAGGAUGAAUAGAGAGGGGAGUUUUGUCUUAUCAUCCUCUGUAGCUGAACUGCAAUAUUAAAAUCAAUAUUCCCGCUGGUAGACUGUAAAACAUCAAAGAGAAGCUCAGUACAGCAACGUAAUCCCAAUUUUACCAAUAACCCAACGAUACACAGCUGGCUGAUUUUUAUUCUGCCACAGCUGGCUUUUAUGCAACCCCGCAUGCAAGGGGUUUCUUAAUUUACAUUCCAGGGGUUUUCCACUGGUGAACCUUGUUGGAGACAGGGGACAAAGUAACAUUUCCCAGACUCCUCCUCUGUACGAUCAUUGAGUAAGGACAAUUAUUUAAUUAUAUUAUCUCCCAGAUACAGAAAAUAUGCAAUAUUUCAAACCCUCAAACCACACAUUGAUAUUAUUCAGAACUCCAGGAAAGAAUAGCAGGGAUCUGAGAGCCCACUCUGUUGAAAUUUCACUUGGAUCCGUUUGGUAGAUUAGGAAAGCCAUUCAAGUGAAGUUUAGACCGGUCAACCACAAGGUGAAACCCCAAAAUAGUUCCAGAUGGUUUUAGGCUUUGACCAGUCUUCUUUCUGGAGUAUUCACCAUUAAAAUAGUGAAGGGAACUGUUCAUGUAAAAGGGGGUCAUGUGCCCUGUGUUCUGUAGUUUAUUUCAUACGAAUGCCGCUUUUUAUAAGUGAAGGGAAACGAACACACGAAGGGAUGGUAGUUCAGUGGUGUUUGCGCUAUCGAUUGUUCAAUUAUAGUUCCACACACUCGACGACCAAGCACCGCUGUCUGUUCGUGGACAAAGAUGGUGCCGCCAAGUGUUCAGUCAUACGAAUGACACCCACCCAUCCGAACACUUAGAACCUUGCAGUUUCUAAGUGUGAAUACCGUCAAUUGGAGGCACACAACUCCCCUGGGUGGGCUCACUGUUCGGUGGAUUGUUCGACAGACGAACAAUAUAUCUUUAGUGUGUUCAGGAACCACAAAUUGCUGAACCAACUCUUGAAUACGAAUAGGUGGCUGGUUCUGCCAAAUCCUCCACUCCAGUAAAAUAUUCUUAGUGUUUCUAGCUACUGUAAAUAAUUUAUUGAAGGCAAUGGGUGAAUUUGAUUGGCUGAGAAUAUCAGCUGACUGCUUUCGGUCUUUCACAGCACCUAUGCAGGUACAAACUGGUAAGUUUAGAAUGUAGUGUGUAAUCUCUGCCCUAGUCAUACCUACAGUAGGGGCCAGGCUGUGGGUGGCCGGGUACCCUUAUUUAGUGUUAAAAUUCUUGGAAAUGUUUUAACACUGUGUCAGGAGACUCCAGGCAUUUUAACCAGUUCAAUGAGAAAGUUAGUCUCUACGGUGUCCCUUUAAUAAGAGCUAUAUUCUGUAUCAUCUCUGGCAUUAUUCAGGAAUGUAAAUUGACCAAGGGUGAAGCAAUGGAAUUGAUCUAUGAAUUGGAAAACAGAAGAAUUUUUGUAAUGUUGUUGUAUUAUAUUGUGGGUAGGAUGUCCUUUGUGUGGGUAAAGCAUCAAGAGGUGAGUUUUACGUGAGUGGGGCUUGGGUGUUUUUGGACACAGGGAGGACACAUUUUGACCCAACCCUACUGUGUAAGAAUACAAAUCAUACAUUUGAGAUAUUUCAAUGGUGCUGUUCCUUCAAUAUUGACAAUGUUUUAAUUUGUUUUAAUUUGUUUUAAUUUUACACCAAUAUUUAUAUAAAGCACAUUUACCUGGUUUAAUAUACUAAGCCAUUUUAAUAGUUUACUGCUGGUACUUAUAGUAUGAUAUUAGUACAUUAUAUAGGGAUUCAAUAUAAUAAUCUACAGAUGGUAUUAUAUGAAGGCUUUACAUACAUUUAAAUGCAUGUGUCAUUAAUAGAUAUUUAACCAUUUGUAUUUCCUUUUUGUAGGUUAAUGAAGUAAUGAGCUUCAUACCUCAAUAUAAAAAUGUUACUGGUUUCCUAUCCCCGUGGUAAGUAAACUCUGAUAAACACAUAAAUAAUAUUACCAUAAAACAUAAAAUCCAUUUCCUGAGUUAUGUGGUAUCCUAUUGUCAUUGAUUUGGACUGCCCGGUACUAGCUUAGAAUCUCUUUGACAUUUUUUUUUCUCUAUCUAGGAACCAGUCUGACUUUUUUAUUUCCAACGUCACGGCUCAAUUUAUGUAUGCUGCGAACUUAACAAUUAUACAGUUUCUGAAUAAUGACCUAGUAUCAACACUUAGGAAUCGGCUGGGUAUAACAAAACGUGCAACAUCAAACUUGACAGUGAUAAGUGUUGAAAAUGGUUUCAAAUGUAAGUUUGAAAAUUGAAUACAAAUGAAUGUUCCACAACAUAAAAUCAGUAUUUCAGAAAUGAGUUACGUAGGCUGCAAUAAUCAAGAGCAUUUCUGCAUUUACGAGGUUUCCUGAAGAUAUGACAGCCAUCUACUUGCUUAAAAAAACACAACAGUGCAUAUUCUCUGUAUUUGCAAUAUAGACACAAAAUAAUUACUUUUGCACAUGUCAAUUUAAGUGGUCAGACUCUGGUAAGCUGUCUCAAACACAAAGAAGUAAAUUAAUGAGACUCCAACUAAUAUAUAUUCAUUUUUUGUGUGUGAUUUUUACUACAUUAUAGCAGGUCUCCCAACUGUCCUGAUUUUGGCAUAACAGUCUGGACUUUCAUGUCCUAUCUCACCAUCCUGACUUCGUUCCAUAGUGUCUUUCUGUUGGGUACACCAGGGAACUGUCCCCAAAAAGCAAAGUGUGAGCGCAUCAUUACACACGCUUUUGCUAUGUUUAGGAGUAUUAUUAUUAUUAUAAUUAUUAUGAUAUUUAUAGAGCGUCGUCAAAUUCCGCAGCGCUUUACAAUGGGUGGACGAACAGACAUGUAGUUGUAACAAGACAAGUUGGACACACAGGAACAGAGGGGUUGAAGGCCCUGCUCAAUGAGCUUACAUGCUAGAGGGAGUGGGGUAGCUAUCAACAGUUUAAAUUAUACGCUUUUAUGAAGAAGUAGGUUUUUAACGUUUUUUUGAAGGAGUGGAGACUGGGUGAGCAUCUAAUGGAGGAGUUCAAAAAAUCUUGAAGGCGAGCAUCAGGGAUGGGAGUACGGACAGAAGAUAGACGUAAGUCUUCAGCAGAUCGUAAGGGCCUAGACGGGACAUACUUUUGUAUAAGGGAGGAUAGAUAGGUGGGAGCAGCAUUAUGCAGAGAUUUGAAAGCAAGAACCAGAAUUUUAAAUUGAGCUCUAUAUUUCAUAGGAAGCCAAUGUAGGGACUGAUAGAAGGGUGAGGCAUGGGAGGUGCGGGCGGACAGAAAGAUGAGCCUCGCCACCGCAUUCAUUAUGGACUGUAACGGCACAAGUUGGGAGCACGUAAGACCACUGAGAAGCGGAUUACAGUAGUCAAGGCGAGAAAGGACAGUGGAAUGGACCAACACCUUAGUCGCAUCUGGCGUUAAGUAGGGGCGGAUGCGUGCAAUGUUUUUGAAAUUGCACCAGUGUUCCCUGCAGGGUAUGCCCUCAGUGGACUUAUCUUACAUGAUUGGCAGAUGUAGUUGGGAGGUAUGUAAUGUCAUUGACACAUUUGUGUCAUGUGUUGAUCUAUUCCACUUCCUAUUCAUUUGGAGUUUCUAUGCAUCUUUGAGGUUGCUGUUUACAUAGUAACAUUCUCUUUGUUCUUGCAUCAUUCCUCUCUACAACUCCAGAUAUGUUUUUGGGGUUGUAUUUUUUUCUUGGAAGAUACACAAUAUUUGUACUUCUAAACUGAUGAAACAUCACUUCCCAGAAUUUAAAAAAAAUUUGGUUUACUUAUCCUUUAUAUUUAAUGUGUUUGUGUUUAUGAGAAGAAAAUAUAGACAUACAAACAUUGUAUUUAGCUCUAUCCUAGAAAUGAACACUUGCAUUUUGGCUCUCCAUCAAUCAUCGUUAUAUACUCUGCCCUUUGCACUUUGCAGUCAGCCUACUUAUACCCUUUGUGUUAUUUUACCCCACUCCCUCUAGCAUGUAAGCUCAUUGAGCAGGGCCCUCAACCCCUCUGUUCCUGUGCGUCAAACUUGUCUGGUUACAACUACAUGUUUGUUAGUCCAUCCAUUGUACAGCGCUAUGGAAUUUGCUGGCACUAUAUAAAUAAUAAAAUAAUAAUAAUAAUAAUAAUAAUAAUAAUAAUAAUAAUCGAGAGUAUAAAGAAGGGAGAAGAAACAGAAACAAUGUUUUUGUUUCUUCUCUUCCACUGUAUUGUGCACCCUGGCAUGCAUUUUACUAAAAAAAAGAGCAUACAUAAAAAGACAGGGAACACAAUUAUAGAUGAGUUUCAGUAUAAUUUCCAGAGAAGUGGUGGUUCCCCUUUAAUGUGGAACCAUCUGCCCCGUGCACUGUGCUGAUUAGCCAUAAACACUGGUAUCUGUUCAUUCUAAAUUGUCAUUACUGCAGAAUGUUAGGAACUGAUCUGGUUUAUUAGUUCCAGUAUUGUAUGCAAUACUGUAUCAGGCUAUGAAUGAGUAGAAAGAGCUGCAUUCUAAUAUUUCAGAUCUUACAUAAGUGAGCAUUUAGAAUGCAAACCACAUUUGACCAUGAGACUUGGUGCAAAAUGUUAGGGUGAUAAAUGCAUGAGACUUAUGGGAUAGGAAACACACAUGUCAACUAACACAGUAUUUUUCAUUCCUCAGUAAGCGAAAGUGAACUCAAGAACUCUCUGUCCUGUGAGCUAAGUGGAUAUGGUGGAUAUACUCUGGAUGCUGAAAACUUUCAAUGUGUAUCAGUGUGCAAUUCCUACUGUAAGAAUAAUGCCAAAUGUGAGCAAAUUCUCAAUGAAACCCGCUGCAGGUGAGUGCCUAUCCUGUUAGAUUAAUACCAUACCAUACCAAAGACAAAACCAAAAACAUAAUUCAAAGAUAAAAUGCAACCCAAAAAUAUUUUAUCCAUUUUUCCAUUUCUCUUCUUCAUUUGCAAUGUAUGCCUUGGCUGUACCUUAACUAAAGGUGAUUUUGAUGUAAUUUGUUAAAUCUGCAAUAUAAGUUUAAAAUAAAAAGGAGCAUCACAUGAAAAGGCUAACAAGUAGGGGACAAGCAUCACUUCCCGACAAUUGUCCUAUUCAAAAGCAUUAGCUCUUUAUCUCUGCAAACUGAUAAAAGCAGGUUAAUAUGAUGUUUUCCCAUAUUAAUAGAAACAUAGAAUGUGACGGCAGAUAAGAACCAUUCAGCCCAUCUAGUCUGCCCAAUUUUCUAAAUACUUUCAUUAGUCCCUAGCCUUAUCUUAUAGUCAGGAUAGCCUUAUGCCUAUCCCACGCAUGCUUAAACUCCUUUACUGUGUUAACCUCUACCACUUCAGCUGGAAGGCUAUUCAAUGCAUCCACUACCCUCUCGGUAAAGUACUACUUCCUGAUAUUGUUUUUAAACCUUUGCCCCUCUAAUUUAAGACUAUGUCCUCUUAGUGUGGUAGUUUUUCUUCAUUUAAAUAUGGUCUCUUCCUUUACUGUGUUGAUUCCCUUUAUGUAUUUAAAUGUUUCUAUCAUAUCCCCCCGUCUCGUCUUUCCUCCAAGCUAUACAUGUUAAAGGACCACUCUAGGCACCCAGACCACUUCAGCUUAAUGAAGUGGUCUGGGUGCCAGGUUCCUCUAGGAUUAACCCUUUCUUCUAUAAACAUAGCAGUUUCAGAGAACCUGCUAUGUUUAUAAUAGGGUUAAUCCAGUCUCUAAAGCCUCUAGUGGCUGUCUCAUUGACAGCCGCUAGAGGCGUUUGCGUGCUUCUCACUGUGAAAAUCACAGUGAGAAGACGCAAGCGUCCAUAGGAAAGCAUUAUGAAUGCUUUCCUAUGAGACUGGCUGAAUGCGCGCGCAGCUUCUGCCGCGCAUGCACAUUCAGCCGAAGAGGAAGAGAGGAGGAGGAGAGCUCCCCGCCUGGCGCUGGAAAAAAGGUAAGAUUUAACCCUUUCCUCUCCAUCCAGCCCGGGAGGAGGGGGUCCCUGAGGGUGGGGGCACCCUCAGGAAACUAUAGUGCCAGGAAAAUGAGUAUGUUUUCCUGGCACUAUAGUGGUCCUUUAAGAUCCUUUAACUUUUCCUGGUUAGUUUUAUCCUGCAGUCCAUGAACCAGUUUAGUAGCUCUUCUCUGAACUCUCUCUAAAGUAUCAAUAUCCUUCUGAAGAUACGGUCUCCAGUACUGCAUACAAUACUUCAAGUGAGGUCUCACCGGUGUUCUGUAUAAUGGCAUGAGCACUUCCCUCUUUCUACUGCCUAUACAACCAAGCAUUCUGCUAGCAUUUCCUGCUGCUCUAUUACAUUGUCUGCUUACCCUUAAGUCAUCAGAAAUAAUCACCCCUAAAUCCCUUUCCUCAUAUGUUGAGGUUAAGACACUAUCAAAUAUUCUUUACUCUGCCCUUGGGUUUUUACGUCCAAGAUGCAUUAUCUUGCACUUAUCCACAUUAAAUGUCAGUUGCCACAACUCUGACCAUUUUUCUAGUUUACCUACAUCAUUUGCCAUUUGGCUUAGCCCUCCUGGAACAUCAACUCUGCUACAUAUAUUAUGUGAAUAUUCUUUCUUAUGCUUUUCACACUUAUUUCAGGGGGGACACUAAUCUAACCAAUUAGUGUCCUAUCCCUCGGAAUACUGGAAAAGUGCAUUGGACAUGCUGGACAUAUUUACAAAUGUGCAGUUGCAUCUUGCCACAUCCAGAUGGGGGAGAAGAGAUGGAAUCUGAUCAGUGUGAUUCAGGCAGAGCAGGCUACAGUAUUGGGUCUCUCUCUCUUGCUGCUGCAAUAUGAUACCCCGUUUCUGUCAUUAGUGGACUGGUCUGAAACUGAGAUGGGUGGGUAAAAGGAUGAGGAUGCUAAAUGAACUCCCCUAGCUGAGAGGUGUCCUUGUAAACAUUUAGUUUAUACGUUUAUAAAAAUUUAUUACAUACUUUUCGAAGAUUCUCUUACUUUAUUUUAGUUUGUAUAUUUGUUUUUAAAAGUGUGGGCUUUCUGACUAAAAAUUGUUAAGUGAGGCAUGUUCAAUGGAGUUCCAGGAGAAGUGAUCAUUCCACUUGAAAGCUAUGGUAGAUAAACACACUACAUGAAAUGUACACAUCACUCAGUAUAUACAAUCAAUGAGUAUAUGAUUGCCAUUUCAUUUUCUUUUAUGUGCUCAUGUGGUUAUUUUUGUGCAAGGUUAAUGUUUAAUGAUAUAAAAGUUAGCUGCAAAAAGAUAUGUACACUUUCGACUUUGUAGACUGUAGACGUUGUAGGACAUUGUAGAUUUUAGUUUGCCACAAAAUAUCCAUUUGGAUAGAAAACAAUACAUUUCAGAUAAAUUAGGUUUACCAAUUGUCUAUACAUAUUGGACAUUGCAGACAUUUCUGGAAACAUAACUAUGUCUAUAACAUUGUAACUGCAAAUCAAUGAAUUCACAGCUUAACAUUUAGCUUUACUCUUCUUGAUUUUUCCCCUUUGUAGUUGUAUCUCAUUCAGCAUAUACACCACCUCUGGGGCACAAUGUGAAAACCUCACGAUGAACCUGAUUGCUUUCUUUGGGAUAUUGUUUGGAGCGUUGGCAUUCCUCUUCCUUCUCUUAUUGGGUAUUGGUUUGGGCAUCUACUGCUAUCGUAAGAGGAAGAAUAAAGAAGAUGACACUGAGAGGUAUACAAUAUCAAAAAGAAAGAGGAUUCAAAAUAAAUUUCCCAUUUAUGGAAAGAGUAGCAGAACUGAAAGCAUAUCUAAAUUAGAGAAUCUAUCCAUUAUGGAGAGCAUUCCAUCACAUUUAAAUGUAGAAUCAGAAUGCAGCUCAACAAAUGGUCUAUGGGUCAAAUCAAAAUGAAAUGUGCCCAUUCAAUUUAUACAAUAUAUAAAUAUUAAAAUUGGAGGAUGAUGCAAAAAAGUUAAAUGUAAAAAAAGAAGUAUUAUACAUGCCACAGUUGAUCUAAUAUAGUAUAAUUUUGAGUAUGUUUGUAAUUUCACUUUUCUUUGGUUUAAGAAUAUUAAGGAUCAAAUGUCCUCCCCAGGGCUGGCCAAUGGCAUAGAGGUUAUGUAUAAAAGUGAUUAAAUUAUUGACUGUGCUUAUGUAAAAAUAAUUCCCAGCACAUGUACACACCAACUUCAGCAAAAUAGAAGAUUGACUUAAUUAUUACUAGAGGAACACUGUAACAAUAUGUAUACAUAUCUGUAUGCCUAAUACUAUAGUUUUAAUGUCCCACAUUAGUUUCUGGGGCUCCUCUUCCCCCGCCUGCUGAAAAAAAAACACCCCAAAAAAUAAAUAAUAAUAAUCUUCUCCUGCACCAAUCCACGUUUCCAAGAAUUCUAAUUAUUAAAAUCAAGUAAUAAAAGGGGAACUACUGUAGGCACUAUAACAAAUUAAUUUAGAUUAAGUUGUUAUAAUGAGUACUGUGGUCCUUUAAGUUAUUUUAUUGCAGAUUAUGUAAAAACAUUUUUUUCAUCACUUCAUUGCAGUGCAAAUGUCUGCAAUUCUGUGUCAGACAUUUCACAUUGUAAGAAGAAUUGAAAAUUUAGAAUGUUAUACAGAAUAAAAAAGUCAAAUAGCUUUCUUCACUUUAACAUAUUCAUUGGGGAACGUAUGGACAACCUUGGUACACAAUAUAAGGGUACAACUAGAAUGGUGUAAUUAUUCAACUCAUUCAUCAUCCCAGUAUCCUCUUGACACAUUGUCUGAUUAAUAUAAUAUUCAAUUGGAUGUUUCUCACUGCAGGUUACACCCAACAGAGUUUUCCUGGAAGAAGUCCCCAAUAUCAGGUAAGCAGAAAGAUUCUUCUCUGAGAUCUAGUCCACCAUCCUUGUAAUGACAGCUAUUUAAUGGCUCCAAUCAUUCACUUAUUGCAGGUUUCAACAAACUGAAAGAGUCAACAAUACCAACGUUAACCACAGAUAAAAAAGAACCACAUCUUGUAAGCUGGAAACCUCACUUAGAGAAAAUUCAGAAUUUAUAUGAGGUAUGCAUGGAUUUUCAUUAUAUAAGAUAAUGUACACACAACUACAACUCCCAUGAUUAUCUGUCCAUCUGCUACAUACAAAGAGUUUGGGGAGUUUAGGGUGAAGGACAGAUUUAAAGAUCCAUGAUUUAGAAAUUCUGCAAUAGUAAAAUGAUGAUAUAAGACUAUCUCUCCAAAAUAUUAUAGAAUUACAAGAACCAAUACAUUAUUUUUAUUUGUUUUUUAGAAAACAGAAAACAUUUUUAUUUUUUUUUCUACAACUUUUCUGCAUAAGUACGCACGGACAGGGUUAUUCACUAAAGUGAUAAUUCAAAGUGAUUUCUAAGCAAAUUCUAAAUUUAAGGUCAAAAUAGCCAAUCUGGAAAAAAUAUAAUUUGUAAAGUCAUUUAUGAAAUAACCUUUUGUUAAACAACACAUUUUUAAGUUCAUAAUGCCCUGUUGGGUAAUAUAAUAAUUGACCACCCCCUUUAAAUGUUAUAACAAAAGUUUUCAGUCUUCUGGAAUCCAGUGCCAUGUGCUGAUUUCCAUGCCUCUUUGUGACAUCAGGGCAGCCACACAAGGUCCAGUCACAGGCUUCUUACAUAGAAACCUGUGAUUGGACCAUUUUGCCAGCUCAGAGCACAUGCACACAGUUCAUUUUCUUCAAUGACAGGUUGCGGGAUGGAGUACACAGUGGGGGGAACAAUCUUCCCUUUGCAGGCACUCUGGUUACAAGGGAAAGGAUUAUUAUGUCUGUCAUCAGCACGCUGUGCUCACUGAUGACAGACACAAGAUAUGAACAGAGUUCUUGGCUGCCUAAGUCAUGUCUGCAGGAGGGCAUCUAGCCCCUGGCACACAAGUUCAAUUAUCUGAGUAUGUGCAGUGUUUCAAGCUUAACACUGACUCCUUCAAUCACUGAAGUGGUAAAGGUAGUUGGAGUAUUGCUUUAAGGCUAAAAUAAGCAAAAUUGAAGCAUAGCUGAUUAAACUUUUAUCAGUUUGACUAUGUUGGUCUUAAAUUUGAAAUUCACUUAAAAUUACCAAAAUAAAUUCUCACUUUAGGGAAAAGUCUGCUACAUUUGGGUUUUCUAGUGAUUUGUUGAAUAUGCAAGUUCAUAUUGUAAGAAACAAUUGUGUUAGACUCAAGGAGAUAUAUUGUGUCCUGUCUUCUGAAACAUGAUCAGGUCUAGCACUGGAUUACAGUUGCGCAUGCCUCUCACUUCCACUGUUAUAUGGGUCUCAGCCAUUUAAAGUGAACGUUAUGUGAUUUACAACUUUAACUAAAUCCCCCGUUAGACAUUGAACGCAUUAUAUAUCAUAGAAAUACAAGAUGUAUUCAAUGUACGAUAUUUUGAUAUACUAACUUUAACUCUGUACCAGCACCUCCAUGUUUUGAACUUCAUGGUUGCUACUCUUCAUUUAACACCAUCUUCUGGUCCUCCCUCCACUCCUCCCGCCAGUCUUCUUCAAUUUGCCCUGUUUGGGGAUGUUACCAUAGCAAACACAUGCACUGUGGUUUCUAUGUGUGGAGAGCAGAAGGGCUGCCUGUAGGAGGUCCUUUCUGCUGUUCCGUGUCAGUCAAUUCUAUGGCAUUGACUCUGUGCCGAAUAAUUGACUGACAGGUGGGAGAAAGACAAAUCUUCAAAAUGUUUUUUUUCUCCAAUCUAAACCUUUGCUAACAAAUCUGAAAAGUAAUGGACUUUAGUGUAUACGUUGUAGGUACCAUGAUAGCCUUUAUAUUUUAAAGGGAUACUAUAGUCACCAAAAACUUUAGUUUAAUGAAACAGUGAUAUAGAUAGAUCAUGCUUCUGCAGUCUCACUGCUCAAUGCCCUGUCAUUUAGUUAAAUCACUUUUGUUUCUGUUUAUACAGCCCUAGCCACACCUCGCCUGGCUGUGACUGACACAACGUGCAUGAAAGAAAUCGUUUUCACUUUCAAUCAGAAGUAGCUUACUUUAAAAGUUUGUAUCUCCUGCUCUGUAGAUUGAACUUUAAUUACAUAAAGGAGGCUCCUACAGGGUCUAGCAAGCUAUUUACAGAGCAGGAUAUACAAAACUCUUAAUUAAAAAGAAUUUGCAAUAAAGAAGGUAUUAAAAAUUAGAAAACUUUACAGGAAGUUUUUAGGCAGGCUGUGCAAGUCACAUGCAGGGUUAGGGCUGCUUAAACAAAGGGAUUAUACUCCUAAAUUGCAGAUAAUUCGCAGUGAUACUGCAGGGGCAUGUUCUAUACACCAAAACUGCUUCAUUAAGUUGUUUUGAUGACUAUAGUGUCCCUUUAGAUGAACAUUUAAAUUAACAUAUUUGCUAUUGUUAAAAAUUCAAGUUUAAAAAUGAGUCAUAAAAUAACCCAUUUUUUGCAGUGUUGAUAGUGGAACAUUUUAAUUGAUAGAGGAAUUUUUGAAUGGAAUGUCCAUUGUCACUUUGAUGUGUCUAUCAUUGGAGAGAAGUGCACUGCAUGCGGAAAUAUUCUGAGUAAGAGCCAGUCAUGCUAAAGGGGGGGAAAAAAUAGGUUGGACAGGGAUGUAUGUGUUACACCAGUGGUUCCCAAACCAGUCCUCAUGGUCCACCAACAAUCCAGGAUUUAUGUGUUUCCCUGUUUUCGUCCAAUGGAAAUACCCAACAAAACCUGGACUGUUGGUGGAUCUUGAGGACUGGUUUGGCAAACACGGUGUUACAUUAAAUAACACUCAUAAUCCCCAGACCAUUGUAAUGCUAACAUACAUGUAAGUAUUUCAUCAACAUCUCGUAAGCAAAAAAAAUAUAGAAUUUAUUACUCUGGUAAAGUAUAAAUGCAUUACCUGAGGAAACACCAUGGCUUUAUGGAGAUGUUAUACAAAGUUUAUUUGAAGUGUUUGCUUAAGCUUGCAUGGUAGAGCCGCCUAUAUAUACAAGAUCACAUAUGAGAUUAUUUCUUAUAGAGAUAACUAUAGGUUUGCAGUGAAUGCGUAAUGUAACCGCAAGGUUUUUUUUCUCUUUGCUUCCUAGGUGAAAAUAAAAAGGCCUGAAUCAAAAACCUGGGAAACAGAUGAAAUUAAAAAAUAAGCUUCUCUGUGAUAUUUUAGCUGGUUUCAUAAAACUCUUGAUGACUGCAGUUAUGAGAUGAAGAGAUCGUUUAUUGUAUGAUUGAAUAAUUUGACUGCACUAUUUCGGACUAUUAUUUAUUAACAACUGGUGCAUGUCAUGAAUAUUUUGCAAUAAUUCACAGAAUUCUACAUGCUUCCAGGAAGCAUUGUCUAGCCUUUCCCAAGAAAAAUAUGAUAAUCUAAAAAUCCCAUGGUGUAGACAGUCUAUUGUUGUAUUUGUAGGGUACAGUAGACAACCAUGCUCUCAAUAUAUUUAGUGUAAAUCUAAAUUAUGAAUCUGUGAAUUCUUGCUUUGGCAGUUCAGCAAUUAUGCACACUAUUGUAAUCAUUUAUAUUAUCCAAUGAAAGCGUUCUAGAUACUAUAAGGCUAAUGAUCAAGUCGGAAGACACUUGAAUCUCAUGCUACCAGGAGGGUGACAAUAUUUGCUUGGCAGCACCAGAAAACAGAAAAAAACAAACACAUAGGAAGGAAUGAUGUAUUGAAACUUUUCUUGUUAUUACAUACUAUAUUUUUGUAUCAGAUUUUUAUAUGUAAUGAUCAUGGCAAUAUUGUAUUUUUAUCAUAUAAGUGUAAUCAUUUAUCAACUGUCUCAAAGACAUUACAGUAGCAUGUAACAGGUGUCUCAACUUCAAGUAUGAUUCAGGAAAAUGACGGAAAUAAGCUAAUGCAAUGUUUCUUAUUUAUAGCGAUACAUUUAACAAUUAAAAUAUUUUAUUAGCAUCUAAGUUAUUCAUUAUUUUACCUUUUUGCUGGAGAUCACAUAAUACCUUUAUUUGCUAUAUUAAUAGACGCCAAUAUGCUCUAACCUCUGUUAAUUUCCAGAGAUAUAUGGUGUUAAGGCAACAUAUAAAACAUUUUGAGCAUGUAUACAGCAUGAUAUAGG